UAAACUCUGCGUGUUGACUCCCAAUUAAGGUAAGAUCUACACAGAUGGUCUCAUAGAGACCAUUUAACUGGUGCAGAGUGGCGUUUUGCCAUGCAUGCACACAAGACUCCAAUGCUAUGCCUGAGAUCUUGAUGAUCUCAGGCAUAGAGGGACAUCUGUGCAAAGACUGGAAAACUGUGCACUAUAAAGUUAGUAAAACACAUUUGUAUUCCUAAUGCUAUAGUGCACCCUUCAAUACUCUUUGGUUUGGGUUUAAAAAGAAUGGGAAGUUUUAAGUGGGAGGUAUAGGAUAGUGGGUUGUGGCCAAUGAGGGGCACUAUGAAGAUUUUUCGCACAGAAAGCCUUAAGCCGGCCCUGUUUAAAACAAUUCUCAAACUUGACUAGUUAUAGCAUUAAAAUAACACUCCAUACAACAUAACGCUUAUUGGUAAUGUUGCCAGAAUUCUGUGGUGCCCUCCCAGAGUAAGUAGUCAAACUGUUCAAGAAUGGUUUCACAAUUUAUCUGGGUUCCACCAAAUUCCUACUGUGGCCUUACCUGCUGCUGGACGUUCCUACAAGGUUAACUAUGUCACAUGGUUAUGAUUUUCACUGAACCAAGUACUUUGGAGGGGGAGGGAGGGUUUAUCAAAGUGAUCUGAAAAUGUAAAUUUUUUUUUAAAGGCCUGGAUUCGCCAUAAAGCCACAGAGGCCAUGGCCUUGGGGCAGCUGGUGAAACUGUAGAAAGGUACAGACCACUUCAAACACUCCCUUUCGGUAUCAGCACAGCUCAUCAAUGACUGACAAAUACUGUAUUUAUAUAUAAGUAUACAUAAAGGGGGGGCAAGGGAGCAUUGAGGAAACUGGCCUUGGGGCAGCAGAGCGGGUACAUUCAAACCUGAUUCUACACGGAUUCAAAAUCUGUUCCAAUUUAUUAAAGUGUUUUUAAAAAGUUGUCUGAAAAGUUCUCUCGAUCUGUUGCUAAGAUUGGUAUGCCCAGAUUCAUCUUACUUUAAAAAGGUGUAUUAUAUGAUAUAAAUAUUUAUUUUGAAAUGAAUUUGGUGAAGACAAACACCUCUGUGAGCGUACACCUUCAGUCCCCAACUAAGUGAGCUCGAACUACUCUGUACUGGUUUAGUGUGCGCUUCCCAUUUUGUGUUCUCUUCAAAUGUUCUAAAGUUCUGAGCCCUCCGUGUCUCCCGACUAGUAUCCCGGUGAAGGAGGGGGGUAAAAUUGCUGGUGGGGGGGAGGGGUUUGCGAGAUCAGUGUGCCUGCUCUCCUACCGGUUCUGUCCUCUUGUUGUUCUUGUGGUAUUCCUCUCUUUUCCCUUGUCCUACUAUCUACUGCCUACCUAUCCUCUUGUUCCCCUCUGGUCCAAGUCCCUUGGGCUCCACCUUCUACCCAUGGGGGCAUGUACCUGUUGUAUUACAAAGUCUUACAGCUUUUAUUUUAAAUGUGCGCCAUUUAUACAAAUAAGGUAUGUUGCAUAAAAACAUGGAUGUUGACCAUAGCUAAUUCAUGGGUUUCCUCCUGUCAUAUAUACUGUACAAUAUUUCUCAGUGGGGUUAAGGUCCCGUCUGAAUGAUAUUGUCCAGGUGACAUUCCUCAUAUUCUGUAGAAAAUAGAGGUUUGUGGCUCUGCGAGUAUUUGCAGCCUGUAAGAAAGAACAGCAAUGGCUAAACUUGAUGAUCCCACUUGUGCUAAGCCAGCAGCUCAAAGUUCAAAAGUUAAUGUAAUUUAUGUAUAAGAAUAUUAAUGUUUGGCUUUCAUAUUUGGUUUUCGGUUAGAAUUCACGUUGAGCCGUGGAAUAUAAGUCUGUCUGUUUGUGGAACUGCGAAAUUCAGUGAUCUUACUGUUUGGAUUGCAUUACUCAUUCCCUGUUCCUGUAGAAGUCCUUGUGUUUGCUAGACCUACUGAUGGAAAAAGUUCUGCAAAUAAUUUCUGUUUUAGUCUAUGGGCCUCUUUGGCAUUCUAGGACAGAGUCUAGGCUCCAGUUUUACAGAGGAACAAUUUAUAAAAAAAAAAAAAAAAGGAAAUGCGCAGUAAUUUCACAUACAUGUUAAAUGAAAUUGGUGACGUUCACAAAUAUGUAUUGCACCAUCAGACCAAAAGGUACACAAAACAGGGUGACUCCAGCAAUACAGAAAGGAAAAAUAAUUUCCCCUGCUCUGCAGUUUAUGUACAGAUAUUCUAUUUAAAGCAAAAAUGUCACUCUUCAGGAAUUUGACGAUGACCAUGCUUUAACCCCUUAAGGACGGAGGCAAUUGUUCAAGUUCUGACCAAAACAAAACCUAGAAUUUGAGCUCCUAUGUCUGUUCAACCAUAAUUUACUUCUUUCAUAUUAACCCCUUAAGGACAAAUGACAUGUGUGACAUGUCAUGAUUCCCUUUUAUUCAGAAGUUUGGUCCUUAAGGGCUUAAAGGACCACUAUAGUGCCAGGAAAACAUACUCGUUUUCCUGGCACUAUAGUCAGUGGUGUAUCCUGGUUUUGUCCCUAGGCAGGACAAAACUCAGGCACCCCCCUCACCCCGCCCCACCUUCUAAAUACACACACACAAACAGUCAGACACACACACAGUCAGACACACACACACCGUCAGACAUAACACACACACAGUCAGACACACACAGUCAGACACAAACACACACACACACACACACACAGUCAGACACAAACACACACACACAGUCAGACACACACACACACAAACACAGUCAGACACACACACAAUCAUUCACAUUAACACUUUUUAAAUUUACCCCCCCCCCCUUACCUUUGGGGGUGCUGGGGGGAUCCUCUUUCUCCCUGGUGGUCCAGUGGCUGCUGGGCGGGCGAGAGAGCUCUUCCUCUGAGCUGACUGCUCAGCUCCCUCGCGCCCCGCAGAGUGAGGCUGGGAGCCGGAAUAUGACGUCAUAUUCCGUCUCCCAGCCUCACUCUGCGGGGCGCGAGGGAGCUGAGCAGACUGCUCAGAGGAAGAGCUCCCUCGCCAGCCACCCGCCUGCUCAGCAGCCAGCGCCGCCCGGCAGCCCAGCAUGUCUGUUAGCCGCAAGGCUAACUAGGCAUUUGCCCUGGGCAUUUGGGGGGCGGUGUUUUUUGCCGCCUCCUGAAAAAUGCCGCCUAAGGCAAAUGCCUUGUUUGCCUCGCGGCUAUAUACGUCCCACCCUCAGGGACCCCCUCCUGCCGGGCUCUAGGGGGUGGAAUGGGUUAAAUUUACCUCUUUUUUCCAGCGCCGAGCGUGCAUUCAGCCAGUCCAUAGAAAAGCAUUCUCAAUGCUUUCCUGUGGACGCUGGCGUCUUCUCACUGUGAAAAUCACAGUGAGAAGCGCCUCUAGCGGCUGUCAAUGAGACAGCCACUAGAGGCUGGAUUAACCCUAUUAUAAACAUAGCAGUUUCUCUGAAACUGCUAUGUUUAUAGAAGAAAGGGUUAAUCCUAGCUGGACCUGGCACCCAGACCACUUCAUUAAGCUGAAGUGGUCUGGGUGCCUAUAGUGGCCCUUUAAGUGCACCCACUCAUAUGACAUAUCAUUUUGGUCAGGAGAAAUAGGGCUUUCAUUUCACGUCAAACAUGGAACACAAUUUAAUAUAAAAAAAAAUCUAAAAAAAAUUGAGAAUUUAAGAUGUGUUUUUUUUCUUCAAUUCUGCAUGGUAUUUUAACUGUAUGCUGUGAUUUCUCACGAGUACAAUGAUGUUGAGGUUUCAUUGAAAUUUGCCAGAUUGGUUUGCUGGGCCUCUGUUGCCUUUGAGACAGGGUGGCAGUCCAGGAAUUAAUUUUUCACAAGUAUAACACUUUGUACACAUUUUAUGGUGUUUUGGAAAGUUACAGGGUCAAACAUGUGGCUUUCCCAUUUAAGUUUUUGCACAUUUAAAUUUGUCAGAUUGGUGGGCCUUUGUUGACAAGGUCAUAUAAAGAGCUUGCCCAUUUCAGUUUUACACAUUUAAAUUUGUCAGAUUAGUUUGCUGGGCCUAUGUUGCCUUUGAGACCGUAUGGCAGCCCAGGAAUGAAAUUACCCACAUCAUGGCAUAGCAUUUGCAAAAGUAGACAACCUAGGAUAUUCAGAAUGGGGUAUGUCAAGCCUUUUUUUGUAGCCACUUAUUUUUUUGCAUUUUUCACACAAAAACUGCACUUUCACUGAUGAUAUCAUCAUCAUCAUUAUAUGGUUUACUGUUUUAAAACACUCCUACAAUGAACAAAAUUAUAAACGUAACACUUUUGUUUUUGCUCCCAUUUUUCAUGAGCUGAACUCAAAGAUCUAAGACUUUUUCUAUGUACACAAAAGGCCUAUUUCUCUCAUAUAUUGUUCACAGAUCUGUCUAAAUCUGUGUUAGUGAGCACUCCUCCUUUGCCGAGAUAAUCCAUCCACCUCACAGGUGUGGCAUAUCAAGAUGCUGAUUAGACAGCAUGAUUUUUGCUAAGGUGUGCUUUAGGCUGGCCACAAUAAAAGGCCACUGUAAAAUGUGCAGUUUUAUCACACAGCACAAUGCCACAGAUGUUGCAUGUUUUGAGGGAGCGUGCAAUUGGCAUGCUGACUGCAGGAAUGUCCACCAGAGUUCUUGCCCAUGAAUUGAAUGUUCAUUUCUCUACCAUAAGCCAUCUCCAAAGGCGUUUUAGAGAAUUUGGAAGUACAUCCAACUGGCCUCACAACUGCAGACCACGUGUAACCACACCAGCCCAGGACCUAUACAUCCAGCAUCUUCACCUCCAAGAUCGUCUGAGACCAGCCACCCGGACAGCUGCUGCAACAAUCGGUUUGCAUAACCAAGGAAUUUCUGCACACACUGUCAGAAACCGUCUGAGGGAAGCUUAUCUGCAUGCUCGUCGUCCUCAUCGGGGUCUCGACCUGACUGCAGUUCGUCGUCAUAACCGGCUUGAGUGGGCAAAUGCUCACAUUCGAUGGUGUCUGGCACUUUGUAGAGAUGUUCUCUUCAUGGAUGAAUCUCAGUUUUCACUGUACAGGGCAGAUGGCCGACAGCGUGUAUGGUGUCGUGUGGGUGAGCAGUUUGCUGAUAUCAACAUUGUGGAUCUAGUGGCCCAUGGUGGCGGUGGGGUUAUGGUAUGGGCAACGAACACAGGUGCAUUUUAUUGAUGGCAUUUUGAAUGAACAGAGAUACCGUGACAAAAUCCUGAGGCCAAUUGUUGUGCCAUUUAUCCAUGACCAUCACCUCAUGUUGCAGCAUGAUAAUACGCGGCCCCUUGCUGCAAGGAUCUGUACACAAUUCCUGGAGGCUGAAAACAUUACAGAUCUUGCAUGGCCAGCAUACUCACCGGACAUGUCACCCAUUGAGCAUGUUUGGGAUGCUCAGGAUCAGCAUAUACGACAGUGUGUUCCAGGUCUUGCCAAUAUCCAGCAACUUUGCAGAGCCAUUGAAGAAGAUUGGACUGACAUUCCACAGGCCACAAUCAACAACCUGUUGCGCUGCGUGAGGCAAAUGGUGGUCACACCAGAUACUGACUGGUUUUAUGACCUCCCCUCCUCAAUACAGUAAAACUGCACAUUUAAGAGGGGCCUUUUAUUGUGGCCAGCCUAAGGCACACCUGUGCAAUAAUCAUGCUAUCUAAUCAGCAUCUUGAUAUGCCACACCUGUGAGUUGGAUGGAUUAUCUCGACAAAGGAGAAGUGCUCACUAACACAGAUUUAGACAGAUUUGAGAGAAAUAGGCCUUUUGUGUACAUAGAAAAAGUCUUAGAUCUUUGCUUUCAGCUAAUGAAAAAUGGGGGCAAAAACAAAAGUGUUGCGUUUAUAAUUUUGUUUAGUGUAUUUGUGUUCUACGAAGACUCAUGAGCACAACAGUACCCCCUAUAUACAGGUUUUAUGAGGUUUUGGAAUAUAUUUUCAUGCAAUCAUACAUUGCAAUCACGUGAGACGGAUGGGUUUGAUUUGCCGGAUGGGGACUGCCUGGGUUGUCAGGCAGUCCCACCGAUCGUGACAGAUGGUAACUAUCCGGGUGCUGUGCCGUCCUGAUGGCGUUAAAGCUCUGCUUUUGCAUGACGGCAUAGCAUGCCCUAACGACGUUAUUUGGUUAAUGAGUUUACAGGUUAAGUAGAAUUUAGAACAUUUUGUUUGCCAAUUUCUGUAUGUUUUUAGACUAAAGAACACCUGUUCUUUGAGACUAUAAAAAAUCUAUAGCACAGGGGUGUUACUAGGUUCCAGAACACCAUGAGCUUGAGCUGAAAGAUAACAUCAGUCACCCCCAUGGCCUUACAUUCACAGCAAAAUCAAAAAUAGCGAGGGUCAUGGGAAGUGUUAGACUUCAAGAAAAAUAUUUCCGUGUUCGAUUUAUCCAAAUAACUUACAGUAAUCCAGACACACUACUGAAAGUCUACAGAUAGCAGGGAGGUGGUUAACAUUUUCACUAAAGAAAAUGUUAUAUAAUCUUGCAGUAUACACUUUAUUUGACACAUCAUACCAAGCCUGUGCUUCUCUUUGAUCCUGGACCUCCUUCACAUUAUCACACGAUCCGAAGCACGUUGCAGCUAUUGGCUAUAAUACAGAGCUAGGAUGUUAACCUGGGUUUGAUGUUCUACGGGCUUAGACUCUACAUUUUAAGUGUUUUUUUUGUUAUUUUUCCCCUUUUUCCAUCGGAUGUAAAAAGUUAAAAUUAGCCAUUUCUCAGCUACACCCAUCACAAAGUCUGAAGGGAUCUGGGGCUAAGGAGUACUACAUCCUGGGCUCUAGCCCCUAAAGGCCACCACUAGUGACACUUAUGCUAUAACACAUCAUUUGCAUCAGCAAGUAGUAGAGAUGCGCAAAAAUAUUUUCUUAUUGAUGAUCAAACAGAACAUCCAUGUUCCACUCAGUGUAGGUUAAGUGUAAACUGAUGCAACUGAGAGAAGAUUGGGGGGAAAAAUGUCUACAUAGGCCUUACAUGCUUGUUAGUCCGGCCACUGUAAAGCGCUACGGAAUUUGUUGGUGUAAAAAAAUAAUAAUAAUGUUGAGAGGUUGGUUAUGUCGCAGGUGGCAUGAGAUUGUCGGUUGUUGUGGUUGAGAUUGGUGUUGAAGUCAAUAAAAGAUAAAAUAAAAAACCUUGAGACGUAAAAUUGCUAAAUAGCAGCAACACAGUGCAUCUUACGUGUCAACAGGCCUCAAAAACAACAUUUUAGAAACCAUACAUAGACCAGUGUUUAAAGUCCCACCCUAGUAUAACACACCAGCCAUAUUGUUCAGUAGAUCAACUUCCGAGAAUGUCAUUGCUUUACUUUCCAUUUACACUACUGUUAAAAGGAUCCAAAUAAUGGGUUCUCUGCCCAUAUUUGACUUGGCUUAUUUAAAGAUACCUAAUGUACGUCAUAUAUUUGGAAGGCAAUAUUGAAGUCAAGAUGGUGAACAGAGUGUUCCUUUAAAGCCUUUUCGAAAACAAAGAAAUCUGUUCAUCUCCCUUAGGAUUUUCCUUACACUUUCAUUUAGCGCACCGUGCAAUUAGAUGUCGAUGGGGAUUUGAACAAGUGGCAACAUUACAGAUAAAGAAUAUAAUGCAAGGCCUGGGUUUAAAACAUAUUUUUUUAAAAACAAAAACAUUUAUGUCAAAAGGCUUUGCUUAUUUAUUUAUUUCAAUUAAAAGUGAGGUGUGUGGGUUUUUUUUUUGCUUUAUGGUUUUAUUUCAUACAAGUAUUUGACAAUGAGUAUUACAUUUUAUAUAUAUAUAUAUAUAUAUAUAUAUAUAUAUAUAUAUAUAUAUUGCAACAAAUGCUAAUGCUGGUCAUAGAUUAUGGAGAUGUAGUGUAUGCACCCGCACCGCAAACCCACCUUAAUAAACUUAAUACGUUAUAUUAUUCGUUCUGCCGCUUUGUACUAGAAUGCAAUUACUUUACCCACCGCUGUGACAUGUUAAAAGAGUUAAACUGGCUGUCGCUGGAAUCCCGACACACUCUUCAUCUUUCCAGCCUUGUGCGUAAGAGCAUUUCUGGGAAGCUCCCACCCUACCUGAGUAGAAUGCUCUCCCCGGCUGUUCCCACCUCCUAUAACCUCCGAUCCAGUACUAGCACGGUGUUUAGCAUACGGCAAUACAAAAAUAAAGUGGCUCAAUCCUCCUUUUCCUACAGAGCAUCAAAAUUAUGGAAUAACCUCAGAGACACAGUCAAAUCUUCAUUCAAUCUAAAAAAAUUUAAGAGAUCUAUGGCAAUAUACCGCAGCACAGAAUGCACUUUUCAUGGUUGACUAUAUUUAUGACCUGUUAUGUAUUACAUUUGUGUGUGUGUGUAUGUGUGUGUGUGUGUGUGUGUGUGUGUAUAUAUAUAUAUAUAUAUAUAUAUAUAUAUAUAUAUAUAUAUAUAUAUAUAUUUUGUAUAUUGUAUCCUAUUGUAACAAUGCAAUGUUUUGUGGACAAAGACCCAGGACAUACUUGAGAACGAGAGAAAUCUCAAUGUAUCCAUCCUGGUAAAAUAUUUAAUAAAUAUAUAGUUUUUGGUUUUUUUGUUUUGUUUUUAAUUGCUCCACCACACGUAUUGAUGACAAUAAUUACCAGUCUCAAUAGCUUUUAAUUUCCAUGAUGUUAUCCCAAGAGAACAAAGCAAUUUUUAUAACGUUAGAGUGUUCCUGUGGACGUUUAGAUUAUCGAGUUGCCACUUUUUCUUUUUUUUUUUUUCAGUUUAACUUAGAUUUAAUUCAACACCAUACUGGUUUAAGUGCUACAGCCCCUUUUCUUCUGAGACCCAUGUUGGGCAAUAGCCGCACUACGCCAUCUGGCCACUUCUCAUAGAGAAGCACUGAAUCUAGUGCUUCUCGGAGAAUCAUUCACAACAUAUGCUGAUGCCAAAAACUGAAAAUUCUCAACAGGAAUUGCCUUUAGUGGCUUUCUGAGUGACGGUCUGAUUGACAACCACUAGAGCAAUUAUUAAUGUCAAGUGUAAACACUGACGUUUCACCCAAAUGACAAUGUUUACAUUUGUCAGAUUGCAGUGACAGAUUCCUUGCACUAAAACCACUACAUUAAGUCAUAGUUGUUUUGGUGCUUACAACGUCCCCUUGGAACCAACAAGUAGCUCUCUAGCUUUUGCUAAUUUCGAGAACUCAAAUAUGAGUUAAUAUAGCACAUACAAGCCUUCUAUGGAACUCCCUAUUUUUAUAAAUUGUCUUCUCUGCUCUAUAAGAUUUUUCCUAACUCUCACUUAAAUUUCAAACAGGGGCCACUGAAUGUAACGAGAGCAAGGAAAACUCUACCGUUAAAAAAUAUAUAUAUUUGGUUUUUAACACUACUGUUCCUUUAAUCUUAGCCAUCAUAGACUACACUGUGUGCAAAGCGUUAAAUAGUAUAGCUAAAUAUGGAUAUAUAUUAUCUCUGAGCACGCUUACUCAUCACAAGGCGUAUCAUCAUCACACCAGAUCAGACCUUUGGGACCCAGAACUUUAUAUAUAGAGGAUUCUUGUGCCGUCCCAUUUUUCCAUACAUUUUGUUCACUUAUUUAUGUUUUUGGCCUAUACCUCUGGGUAAUUUUGUUGUUUGUUGUCCCUUUAGGCCAAUUUAAUUCCCUUUCUUUCAUUUUUUUUUUUAUUCCUUCUGUUGUGGGUUUGUGUUUAAACCAUAUUCAUUUGUCUGCUUUUUCUCUCCUCUCUUUCUAUUAACACCUUAGAAUUGUGAUAAUUUUAUUUACAUACACGCUGGUUACUGGGCCAUGACCAGGGUCCCCAGGUGGCUGCUCCACUUACUGUGAUACAGACAGUACAUCAUGAUUGUGGGCUUCAUCAAAAUAGAGUUAUGCAAAAAAGUUACAUAAGUCCACUGAACUUAACUGUUAGAAAAGGAGAAGGAUUAAGAUUCCACAUUUCCCUAAGCAAGUUAUUGUUUUGGGACCCCCUUCACUAUUUACAUAGGGAGGGCCGAACCAAUUAAUGGUUCCAAGAACCCUGGCCCCUAGGCAACUGCCUACGGUUACCUUAUGUCUAUCCUGUUUAUGUGUACUCAAUAAGGAUUUACUUCAAGUAUGAAAAAUAUUAAUUUAGAAUAAAAAGUAAAUCUUCUAUUAAUUAUUUUUGUAAACCGUGAAAACAAAAUUACAAAAACAUACAAAAUUAAGUCCUGUGCUCAAACUCCUGGGAUGCAGCAACAGUAUAACAGUAUAGCACUGAUUCCUAAACUAUGUGCUGCGGCGCCAAGAAGGGCCACACAGGGGCGCCGCAAAAUGUUUCCCCAGUACUGUGAUUUUAGCAUCUGAAACAUUUCUGCUGAACAGGGCCCCGCCCAGUCAGGCGCCGCAGCCCUUUAAGACCGCAACCGGGCCCCUGUAGUAUCUGCAGGCUGGUAGGAAGUGACAGCUUGUCACUUCCUCCCAGCUUUGUGAAGGGAGAUAGCACGGGAGGGAUUGGAGACAGCCGCAUCAUGAGGGGAGAUGGACAUAAAGAGCUGCUUCAGACCCCUCACUCCCAGCAGCAGGACCAGGACUCUAAUCAAGCCACCCUCCUGGACACACAAGGUAAGCUUUGUCAGAUUAUGUAUGUGUGUAUCAAGGUGUGCAUCUGUAUGUGUGUGUGUGUAUAUAUAUAUAUAUAUAUAUAUAUAUAUAUAUAUAUACACAUAUGUCAGUGUGCUUCUGUGUGUAUUUGUGUCAGUGUAUGUGCACACAUCUGUGUGUCAGGAUGUGCAUCUGUGUGUGUUUUUGUGUCAGUGUGUGUAUCUGUGUCAUGGUGUUUGCAUGCGCCCGUGUUUAUGUGUGUGGUUUUUAUGUCAGUGUGUGUGUCUGUGUCAAUGUUUAUGUGUGUCAGGGUGUGUGCAUCUGUAUGUCAGAGUGUUUGUGUGUGUGUAUAUGUUGGUGAAUGCAUUUUUAAGGUGUGUGUGUGUGUGUGUGUGUGUGUGUUUUGUCGGUGUAUAUAUGAAUUUGUGUGUAUCCUGUGUAUUUAUAUGUAUUUGUGUGUUAAUGUGCAUGUAUAUCUGUUUAAGUAUGUAUGUGUAAGUGCAUACAUUCAAGCAGUCAAACACCAGCACGACAUUCAAACACACUCCUGCAAUCUAACACAAAUAUUACAUACAAACACACCCCUGCAUUGAAACUCCUAAAGGAUAUACAAACACACCGCUUCACUCAAACACAAAUAUUUAACACAAAAGUACAUCCGCAUUUAAAAGUGAACAUUGCAUUCAAACACACCCCUGCAAUCAAAUGCAAACAUUACAUACAAACAAAAAACAACACGGGUUAGGUGCUCACUAAGAUAACAAAAUAGAAGGCAGCAGUAAACUAGCAAGUAUUCCCAAUCCUUGCUAAUGAUAACCAGAACGUAACAAAGAAAAAUAUGGUAAAACGCACCAAAAGAUUAACAAUUCUAAAAAUUGUGUGCAAUAAAAUAGUAAUAUAUACAUACACUGGAGAAAGUCCAAUAUUAUGGUGGUAUAUAUGACCCUCAGAAAAAUAAGAUCAGGAAAAAAUAAUCAUGUAAUAAGUCACAUAAGUAUUAAAACAUAUGUGCAUUUAAAAACCCAAUAAAAGACUAACUCACACUUUUUAGAGCUAAUAAGAGCUCUGCCGUAUAUCGCAUGGAUGAUAUAAUUGUCAUCUUAUGAUAUGUGGAUAGUUUCUGUAGUUGAUGUCCAGUUCUCAGCAACCGUAUAUAGGAAAAAACGGAAUUCUUAGUAGCUCUAAAAAGUGUGAGUUAGUCUUUUAUUGGGUUUUUAUAUACACAUAUGUUUUAAUAUUUAUGUGACUUAUUGCACUAUUACUUUUUCCUGUUCUUAUUUUUUUGAGGGUCAUAUAUACCACCAUAAUAUUGGACUUUCUCCAGUGUAUGUAUAUAUUACUAUUUUAUUGCACACACUUUUAGAAUUGUAAAUUUUUUGGCGCGGUUUACCAUAUUUUUCUUUAUUACAUAAAAACACACCCUUGUAUUAAAACACAUAAAACUAUAUACAAACACCACUUCAAACACCAACACUAUACAUUACACUAUAGCGCCUGUAUGUUGUACAGACAAUUCACCUUGCUACUUUCAGCUAAAAGGUAAAAUCUCUAAUGGGACAGGGGUAUUUUUCUAAAACCCUACAUAUUUAUUAACCCUUAUUAGAGUUAAUAAAAUUAAUUUUUUAAUUCUCAAAGUGAUUUUCACAGAGUGAUUUACUCUAAAACGUGUCAAAAGAAAUGCAUGUAUAGAAAUAAGGGGACACACCCGUGGCUUGUUGUGACAUACAUCUGGUGAAAUGUUAACAUAAUUUAAACAAACAUUUAGGUAUGUGACCCUCAGACAUCACCAGCUGGUGGGUAUCCUCCAAUGGUUAUGGCCUAUUUAAGAGUCAUCUCUAAUCCCUGCUUCAGCUUGGGGGGGAUUUUAACAUCAGGUUUUUUAAGCUAUAACCAGUGGACUCCCACCAGUGUUUAUGUGGCGGGGGGGAGGGGGAGAUGUAUUUGCAGUAGUUUAGAAACACUAAGAUUCUUUGAUUCUUCUUCUAUAGAUAAGGAUUGUAAGCCAAGAAAAUAAUGGGAAAAAAAUAGCGUCUCUUUAAUUCUGGAAAUGGGCUUCAUUUCUGCAGAGCUCCUCCCUCCUCAUUGGUAGCUGUUUGGAGAAGCUUUCUUGAGAGCAUCUAGGCGUGUCAAAAAAUGGGGCUGUUUUGGUGGGGCGUGGCCUAGCGGUCCGAGAAGAUGGCAGCUUAAUCCUCAAGCUCCCCGCAGGCUCAGCUCGUAACCUCGACUAAACCGCACUUUGACAGCAGUGAUGGGGAAGACCCACCGAGCUUCACAUGCCCAACGACCGGGGGAUGCCCCAAAGGGAACCCCGACCCCGAAUAUGAAGCGCUACCUGCUUACACAGGCGGACAUGGAUCCGCAGGCCUCAAAUGACUCCACGGAGUCGGACAUUCUCUCCCCGCACUCCCCAACGGGAGAACAGGCUCUCACGACACGCGCAGCAAGGGAUGCCGCAGUACCGGACCUUAUGGCCCUGCUGAAGGACUUACCCACAAAGGCAGACCUCAAGACGGCCAACGCAGAACUGCGCGCGUCGAUCACGACGGAACUCCACGCGCUGAGAGAAGACAUACAAGGCCUCAACCAGCGAGUCGCACAGAUUGAGGCGGACUGUGACCACAUGGCAGUGGCACAGGCUGCUAACACAGACACGCUGCAGCACCACACCACAGUGAUGAGGCAGAUGGCCCUGCAUAUAGAGGACCUCGACAACAGGGGCAGACGCCAGAAUAUCCGGGUGAGGGGGGUCCCAGAGGAGCUAGACAGUAAAGCCCCGGUACAGAACACCCUGCUGGAGCUGUUCAACAGGCUCCUAGCCAGGCCGCCUCAGACGCACAUGGGCUUCGUUAGAGCCCACAGGGCCCUGAGACCCCAAGGACCCCCGGGUGGACCUCCCAGAGACAUCAUCUGCUGUAUGGAGAGUUUCCAGCUUAGGAGGGAGAUCCUCCGCAAGGCACGUGCCACUGAAAAGGUACUGUUAGAAGGAUCAGAAAUCCAGCUGUAUCCAGACCUGUCCCCAGCCACUCUGGCCUAUCGGCGGGCCCUGAAGCCCCUCACCAGGCAGCUGCAGACCGCCAACAUUAGAUAUCGCUGGUGCUUCAAAUAAAAGGCCUUCAAAUAGCAACACCCUCUGGCCCUUUCAUGGUCGCGGGAGCAGAAGAUCUGGAGACGAUCCAACGGGAGCUACAUUUGUCGUCGAAGAAGCUUCUCUGGCCGAACCCGCUAAGAUUUUACACAGAAGGUCCUAGGCCUCAAGGCACAGGCCCCAAACCCCAAAGGCUGCGGGCUCCCCGCACGCAGACGAUAUGACCGGCGGGGACACCGAAUUAAAUAAGCCGCCUGCCCUGCCGCUCCCUGGGACUCUGAACACGUACACCAUGCCGUGAACGGGACGACUUGUUUUUCUUUAUCCUUUAUUCUUCCGACCAUAACGCCUCGACCACUCGGAGCCUUUCUACACCACCCUGAGACAUGCAACCGGGCUCCCACCUCCAAACCCUGUGUUCAUGGGGAACCGGAGGGGCCGUGGACUUCCACUCCCGAGCCUGGUGAUGACUUUCCUCUCUCCACACCCAUACCGCAAGUAUAAUCCCGGGGAAUGGGGGGGCACGGGACUACCACGUUUCCCCACUACCUGAGGACUGCGAGCCGAGCGGACAAGGUGGCACUUCCUGCAUGAGCAAGGCACAGAGGGAAGGGGAUGGACACUUUCAAGCCCUGGACUUGUUCCUUUCUUAUACGUGACCUGAGAGCCGAGGGGCCCGGGGUACACACCUAGCUAACCCUCGUAGACGUACCAAGAUAUUUAGCCUUCAGGCAUGCUGUGUUGAGAUACGCUGGGAUGACAUAAGGCUACUACCACCUUGCCACUUACAGGGGCCAAGGGAGCCCACCGCACUAGACCACGGUGAGGGGACAUAUGGCCCACAUAGCUAUACCAUAGGCCCCCCCCCCCCCGGCGGAUACAGGGUACUCGCCGGGCUGCCGGUUUUCACAGUUUGGCGCAGCUCUUCCAGCCUUCCUAGCUUCCCCCAUACCUCGACACAGAGGGCUAUGAGAGGGCCCUGAGCUAGGUCAUCGUAGGGUCACCCAGACACACGUCUGCAUGAAUAGGGCGAUUGCUGCCCAACCGGUAGGGGAUAGGUCCAGGCUGGGGUAAUGCAUACCACGGAACCCGAGGGGGUCAUGGUGGGGCUCUCAUUGCACAGAGUUAGUUAUUUCUCCCGACCCUAGGUAAUUAGAGAAGACCCUGACACCAGGGGGCGGCAGGCAACGCGAAAUAGGGCAAGGAACACCACAUCACACCUGUGGGCCGGACGACCCACUGGCCGCGGUCAUGACACAGACCCUGCAAACAUUAGCUCACAGAGGUUCACCAUAGGCUACAUUCCCUACUUAGAGAGCCAUGAGACGGGGAGACGGGAUGUCCCGACUGGGCGGAAAUCCGGGGGCUCGUAGGGGAAUGUGAUGAUCUUUCCGGGAGCGUCCUGGGCCCGCGGGGUUCUGCCUACUUGGGGUUUCUUGGACUCCUUUGCUACCCUAUUGGCUGGAGCGUUUAGACUUAGGUGCGCGGUGCACCCCCCUACCCACGGGAGAGGGGGGACCCACUGCCCCCCCAACGCUCGAAUCCAUAAUCCGCCGUAUAAGGCGAUACUCAUCCGUACCCAGUCUCUAGACCCAGAGGGUGCGACCCUCCCCUCCCUCCCCUCAGACCUACCCAGUUUUCCCCAAGUUUCCCCAUCCCAUACUUUCUAUACCUGACUACCGGACGGAAGUAACUACAUCACCUCUGAGUGAUAGACUCAUAUCCAGCAUGUCCCUACUACCGGCCCCACUCACAAUAUUCACACUGAACGCUAGGUGACUCAACACGCCAGAAAAAAGGGCCGGGGCCCAUAAAGAUUUCAGGGCGGCUCACGCCUCCAUAGUGUUUCUACAAUAGACCCACUUCCGAGCAGGCUCACGACCCACACUGACUAAUCAACACUAUCCGAAAGGAUACUACAGCGACUUUCAGGGGGGUAAGUCAAGGGGCACGGCAAUACUCCUACAUAGACACCUCCCUUUCACGGAAACAGGGGUCAUAACGAACCCAGAGGGCUGUUUCCUGUUCCUCAAAGGGACGAUCGCGAACACAACAUAUACCUUUGCCAAUCUUUACGCCCCAAACCGCGGGCAAUAUAAAUUCCUAGCCAGGACGCUCCGCACGCUUGUAGGCUUCCAGGAAGGCAUCUUGAUAGUAGGCGGAGACCUAAAUGUAGCAUUAGACCCCAAAUGGGACUCCUCCUUAGGACACUCACACAUUCCCUCACAAUACCUUACGGCCAUUAAAGCUCUCCUGACCAGAACGAAACUAGUGGACUGUUGGAGAGCUUUUCACCCCGACGAAAAGGAUUUCACCUUUUACUCCCACCCCCAUAACUCCUACACCCGCAUAGAUUAUCUCUUGGUCCCCAGCCAUCACAUACCGAUGGUCUUACAGGCCGACCAGGGCACUGUGACGUGGUCGGACCACGCCCCAGUGACCAUCAAAUUACACUCCCCCCUCCAUAGACCCAAGAUCUCCAAGUGGAGGUUAAAUGAAUCACUGCUCACCAACCCAACGGUCACCUCCGACAUAGGGAAGACACUACAGGAUUAUUUUACAAACAACACCUGUGAACAGACUCCCCCCACCAUACGCUGGGAGGCACACAAGUGUGUCAUAAGGGGGCAUUUUAUCCAAAAAAGCACACUCCUGAAGAAACAGAGAGAGGCCCGCAUGGCCACUUUACUGUCGGACAUAGAACAAGCAGACACACUUAACAAGCAACACCAACUCCCCACACACCAGGCCACACUCCUCUGCCUACGGAGGGAAUUGACCACUCUCCUUCACUCCACUCAUCAAAGGGACGCAUUUCUUUGCAAUACAUGGAAACAAAAGCGGAAAGCUUCUGGCGCGCAUGCUAGCCAAAAGAAGACAAGACACGUAUAUAGACAGGAUCCGUGACAAGGCAGGGGUCCUACACAGACAUCCGGCCAAGAUUCAGGAAAUCAUUCACACAUAUUACGCGGAACUGUAUUCCCUUCCACGCGGACACACAGACGCACAGUCAUGAUCACUCCAGACCUCAAUAGACGAAUAUCUAAAGACCCAUAGGCUCCCCUCCCUGGUGGCCGACACGGCCGACCAACUAGACGAACCGAUAUCCAUGGGGGAACUAGCACUCGCAAUCAAAUCCACGAAACCGGGUAGGAGCCCAGGUCCAGAUGGCCUGCCCCUCAAAUAUUAUAAAAGCUAUGCCGAGACCCUGUAACCCCCACUUCUGGACAUGUUCAACGCCAUCAGGGAGGGACAUGAAUUACCUGCACAGGCACUCAUGACCCACAUCACCAUAAUUCCGAAAGAGGGCAAGGACCGGGAACACUGCGGGAGCUACCGGCCCAUCUCCCUCAUAAACAAUGAUAUCAAACUGCUGGCAAAGGUCCUGGUGACCCGGCUCCAGGUGCACAUGCCCUCUCUGGUUCAUGCGGACCAGGUGGGGUUUGUAAUGGGUCGGGAAGCCAGGGACGGCAUCAUCAGGGCCCUCACGAUUAUGCACAGACAAUCAGGGGAAGACACAGGCCUUCUUCUGCUGUCCACGGACGCGGAGAAGGCCUUUGACAGGGUCUGCUGGGCAUAUAUGUUCCAGACGCUGACACACAUUGGUAUGGGACCAUACCUGCAAGGAUGGAUUAGGGCCCUAUACACUCACCCGACGGCGCAUGUCCUGGUCAACGGGGCACCCACAGAAGCAUUCCCGAUAUACAACGGUACGCGACAGGGGUGUCCCCUGUCUCCAUUGCUAUUCGUUCUGGCUUUGGAACCCCUACUAACCACAAUCCGACACCACCCGGACAUCAAGGGGGUACACAUAGGAGACACACAACAUAAACUAGCCGCUUAUGCGGAUGACCUACUAUUCUUCAUAACCCACCCGGAAGUCUCCCUUCCCAAUCUAGUGCAGGUGUUCCAGGCCUUUGGGGGGUUAUCGGGGUACAAGAUUAACUUUUCAAAGUCCUAUAUCUUAAACGUAAGCAUGCCCGCAAGGAGAUCUGCACAGCUCCGACGGAGUUUUGCGUUCCAAUGGGCCACGGACAAAAUCCGAUACCUCGGCACUUGGCUGACCGUUAAGGAAUCGGAGCUAUUCACAGCGAAUUUCGCCCCGAUACUAGCUAAGUUCCGUACAGACAUGAGGGAAUGGGCCCUCCCGCACAUCUCCUGGCUGGGUAGAAUUCAAGUAAUAAAAAUGAACUUUCUACCGAGACUACUUUACCUCUUCCAGGCCCUGCCCAUCACAAUCCCAUCCUCGUUCUUCGCCACACUUCUACAGGCUUUAGGGGCUUUUGUUUGGGAUGGGAGGAGACCCAGACUGAAAUACACACUGCUAACUCAACCCAAGCACAGAGGGGGUCUGGCUCUACCGGAUGUCCGACUAUACUACAAGGCAUGCCACCUGCAACGUGUUGCGGAGUGGUCCAAGACUGGGGUCGGAAAACUAUGGAAACAGGCAGAGGAGGGGGUGGCUAAGCUCCCAGCCGCCCUCAUCCCGUGGCUCCCUGCAGGGACGGAUGGAAGGGAAACGCACUACUCCACGUACACGAAAGCGACACUGAAGAUAUGGUGAGGCAAUGCCGGUAGACACGCGCUCUCCACAUACCCGUCCCCAUUACUUCCCCUCACACACAAUCCUGACUUCCCACCGGGCACGGACCCAAGGGCACUGCGGGCCCUGGUGCAAAGCCCACUGCCAAGGCUGAGACAUGUGUGCUCCGGUCAGGGGCUGAGGACCUUGGCUGACCUAUGUGGGGGUCAUACCCAACCAUUCGCAACCCACGUCCGCUACGCACAGCUGGCGAGCUAUGCAAAGACCCUGCCCCGCGCAGGAGCCCUCACUAGGGGACUCUCCACUUUCGAGCAACUAUGUGCAGACCCUGACCCACUGCCACAUGGCAUCUCGCACCUCUACGCCCUCCUACAAACGCUCACACCCAUGGCCGCGCCACGUUUUAUGGGGAAAUGGGAGGAGGCCCUUAAUCACACAUUUAGUAUGGCUGAAUGGGAAAAGAUUUGUGAGGUCACCCAUCACUGCUCCAUUUUCAGCAAGAGUCAGGAGACAGCAUAUAAGAUACUUACGCAAUGGUAUUGUACCCCAGGCACGACUCAAUACACGCAUGCUCAUGGGUAAAGCCUAUGCUGGCGGUGCGCCAGUGCAACGGGCAUGCCCCUACACAUUUGGUGGGUAUGCGAACUCGUACAACCAUUCUGGAGGAAGAUCCAUAAAAUAGCCUCCCGCUUCUCUGACAACCCACCACCACUAGAUCCGGCAGCAAUGCUGCUCCACCACACGACCACACAGACUUCUAAAUACAAAAAGUCCCUUACAAUUCGAAUUCUAAACAUGGCUAAGCAAACUAUACCACAAUACUGGAAGAAAAAAGAGACCCCCUCCAUACUCAAAUGGUUCACCCACAUGGAAGAACUAUGAGCGGUAGAAGAGCUCGCCAUGUUAGCAACUGAAAAACAACAUCAGACAUACUUAGACAUCUGGACCCACUGGAUAUUGACCACGAUGAAACAAGACUUCCUGACGUUGCUACAUACCUAAUGACAGGGAGCUACACAAUCUGGAUAGUCAAAAGGACGACGGACAGACCCUCUCCCUCCUUCCUUACAUACACAUUACCCCCCCCUCCCCUCUCACAUAUUAAAACAAGUGACACCACCUAACUGUCGCACAGGUUAAACAGGCAUUGGGAACACACUCCCCAGUACUCAUAUCCCCCUCCAAAACAGGACUCCUGCCCACUCUAUCACUGCAGUCCGUCGAUAACUGAGGUCCUCAACAGACAUGACCCUACAAGAACACGUAACGACUGAACCGUGCUCAUCCCUCCCGCACGCACAGAUAAUACAACCACGCAAAUUUGAACACUAGCUGGGCAAUAGCAGGGAGAGCAUCAGACAGUAUAGAGGUAGACAAUUGGAGGGAUCAUGCCCUGCCUGAAGGGCCAGCAGACUAGUUGAGGGUGGAUACUCAACUUCAAACAGCACGGGAACACGUGAUCACAGAGAACAACCUGGGAGGGGGGGGUCGGGGGGUUCACCCACAUAAGAUUUAAUGUUGAUACACGGGACCUGCGAGUACGACUUUGUUGUUGGGCCUGCGCGCCCGCCUUUUGAUUGAUUUCUAUACGUUGACUACAAAACACAGACCUGCGAGUCUGCAUGAUACUCACCUUUCUUUCCCAAAUACAGGAAAUAAAAAUCAUAUUUACAAAAAAAAAAAAAGGACUAAAGUCCAUCAAGCUCAACCUUAAAACCCAUUAUUUUGUGCCAUUGAUCCAAAAGAAGGCAAAACCCCAAUUGUAGGCAUUUCCAAUUAUACCAGAAACAGGGGGGGAAUAUAAUUGACUCCACAAUGGCAACCAUAUUUCUCUUUGGAUCAACAACCUGUUCACAUACAGUUGUAAUUAUAACUAUUUCAACACCCAUUGAUAACCAGGUUUAUUGUCAAAAUGUACAGACUUUCAGCUGUUUUCAAUUAACAUAUCAAACAAACGCAAUUGAAAUAGCUCAAUGCUUUAAGUGGUUUCCCCAAAUUCAACUAAAAAUGCAACCUAUAAUGACUUCUCCAGUUCCAAAAUGAUUCAACCCUUUCAUGACAAGCAUAUUUAGAACUUAGUUGAGCACCCUUUUGCUGUUAUGACCUGUUCCAAACGAGAUGCCUAGCCAAACACCAGCUGUGGCAGAGUUUCUGAGGAAUUUUAGACCAUUGCUCAUGAACAACGGCCUCCAGUUCCGUAAUAUUCUUUGGUGUGCAUGCUGCAACCACCUUCUUCACCUCCCAACAGAGAUUUUUUUUAUGGGGUUCAAGCUAGGUGACUGUGAUGGCCACUAUAGAGUUUUCUAGGACUUGUUCUGCAACCAAGCCUUGGUGGAAUUUGAUGAAUGCUUGGAAUCAUUGUCUUGUUGGAAGGUCCAGUGAUGCCCAAGCUUUAUCUUCCUCACAGACAGCAUGACGUUUUCUUAUAAGAUUCUUGAUGAGUGCCGAACUGUGAGGGAGCAAUUACUAAGGACUGCAUCCGCCAGUGGUGCAAUCCUCAUGCUUCCACGCUGAACCAUCAGGGACUCAGGGCCCUCGAUAGGCCAACAGCAGAGUUAACCCCUGCUGGACCACCAGGGAGUAUGACCGUCCAUUUGGACCACCAGGGGUCAUAGCCCCCCUUCCUCAAAGAAAGCCUUGCAGGAGGCUACACAGAGCAAGACAUCACAUACAGCCAGCACACACACACACAUUACAUACAGCCAACUAACCCCACACACAUUACAUGCAGCCAGCACAAACACAUUACAUACAGCCAGCUCACCCCACACACAUCAUAAUCACACAGCCAGCACGCACACACACACACACAUUACAUACAGAUUGAAUAUUUGAGCAGAUCUUAUGGUAAAGUUAUCUAAAAGAUGGGUGCCAGAUGUUUAGACAGGGGCUGUGGAGGGCACAAUUUCAGUGCUUGCCAUAAGUGCUAUCUUCAGUAGAUAUACCUCUGGUUCCAGCACAGAGGCUUCUCAAUGAGAAGCCCCUGAUUGGAGUAUUCCCCAGCACAGACUGAAAGGAAGGAGGGGAGGGCUUACAAAGGUUGCAGGCAGGAGGACUGCAGCUUCUGCAAGCUGUGUCUUUCAUAUACCCCAAAACAUACUGUAAAAAACAUGCAUGUUUUCUUUGGGGGUAUAAUUACUAAAUUGGUCAAAAUAAAUCUGUGUGAACAGAGCUGCUGCUUAUGCUGAUAGCCGAUGUUCCCUUAAGAUACAUGUAAUGUGGUUUUUGGCUAUUUUAGGACCAAGCUUCUUAAACGUUUUGAUUUUUGGAAAGGAUAUUUUUUCUAUGAUUGGUUGAGAGGUCCAGUGCAGCUAAAAUCACAUUGAUAUCGACUAAUGCGGCGUCUUUCAACCAGUGAGACACAGCUAUUCUAGUCUAGUCGAGUCCAAUCUAGAACAAGGGUAGGCAACCUAUGGAACUCCAGAUGGUGUAGACUACAUCUCCCUUGAUGCUUUGCCAGCAUUAUGACUCCAAGCAUUAUGGGAGAUGUAGUCCACAACAUUUAGAGAGCUGAAUGUGGCCUACCCCAGGUCUAGAGUUUUAGCGUUUGUUUCAUUGUCCAGGGCUAUUUUGCUGGUUGACUGCUCUGAAGGGCUACCAUAUGGUCCACGCUGGUCCUAAUCCCAGACCCACGACUAUCCCAGACUAUCUUUUCCUGUCCCUCUCUGGUUUUCACACGUGCUAGUUUUGGCAAGUUUAUGUAUAUGAUUUCAGAACACCUUAUUACACUUUUUAUUCACAAAGUAAAAACAAACUAUGCAGAACUAUUAGUAUUCUGAGCAAAACUACAAACUUGUUCAAACUGGAUUAUAACAUUAGUCACGUCUUUCCAAAUUCUAACAUGAGCAUAUGGAAAUAUUCAAGAAUUUAUUACAGCACUAAGAAGCGAGUCCUUCCUAUUAUUCCCUUCAAAAAAAAUGGCAAAAUUGCCAAUAAAAAAAGUGUUUUGGAAAACAUUAGCACAAAACUAAUGACAUGGUAAAAUCACCUUUCCCUCACCUUGUUUUUUUUUUUAUCUUGUCAUCGCCACAGGCAUAACCCCACCUAAAUUUAAUAAAGCUUGUUUAAUGCUAUUAUACAUGUGCAGAAAGUAUCAUAAUGUGUUAACUUAAACCCAUUAGAUUGUUAAAUCAAAAUGACAAUUUCUUUGUCAUAGCUUACUGAAAUAUUCACUAAUCUCCACAUAUUAGCGAACGAAAAUCCUAAUAGCACAAUCUAGGCACACAUAGCGGAUUUCGAGAAAAUUUGCAACUCAGAUAUAGUCAAAGCUAGCCUGUUUUAGCCUAAGUUUUACUAUUUGGAUUUCAGUUUUUCAAAGUUUGGAGAUUAGUAAAAUAAUAUAUAAACCCUUUGUCACGAUUCGGGAACCUAACACGCUAACAGGUCACAGAGAGGAAGGGUGCUAUACUGGUCCUUAGAGUGGCCGGGUUAAAGCACACUAAGAAUAGUCAGGAGACAAGCCAAGUAAAAGGAGCCAGAAAACAGGAGAACGAGAAACAAGCCGAGGUCAAAGGAAUGGAGAAUACAGGAGAAUCGGAAUAACAAGCCAAAUAAUCGGUAACCAGAGAGAGAAACACGAGCAAACUGCACUACAGGUAUCACAAGACCACAACAGGGCACUGAGAGACAGGAAAGGUAAGUAUAUAAAUCCUUUGCUUAAUUCUGAUUGGAUAACUUCCAAUCAGAAUUAACAAUCACACGUGGGAGAUAUCUACACCUCCCACUUUGAUUAUGGUACUGUGGUUUUAACGCCGGGUCACGUGACUGACCCCGGCGUUCGCAUAAAUGUGCGGGCUCCCAGCGUGCAGCGUUAUACAUGCUGCCGCUGGGAGGCGAGGAGGAGGACGCGAGCGGCGCAUAUAGCAGUGAGGACGCCGCUCGCCAACAGGUAGUGGAAGGGGAGCCUUGACACCCUUUAAUUUGAAAAAACUUUGGUUACAAAAUCCCAAACUUUUUUGCGGAAAAUGUAUGAUUUUUUCAUUCAGUCAGGCAAGCUUUGAAAACACUGUCCAGUAGUUUGUCGAAUUCACACAUUCUCAUUUGACUAAUCAUUUUAAGAAAUCAAUUCCACAAAAUGGUGGGAAGCAUUGUUAAACCCUAUCAAAUAGAAUUCAGAAUUCACAAGUGGUCUGGAAAAAAAACAGGUGAUCUGGCAGUCCUAGACAAAACAACACAUUUUCCAUUAAAUCAUACAAGUAACAGUAGGGGGGUGCCCAGGUCUGCCAUAUUUAUCUGGACAACUAACACUUAAAUAUAUUGAGUGGCAACAUGAAGUAUUCAAAUACUGCAGGAGAGAGUAAUUAAGUAAUUACAGUCAUGGGAAAAAGAAAGUGAACACUUUAAAUUCUAUGAUUUUACAUAUCAGGCCAUAAUAACAAUCAUCUGCUUCUUGGCACGUCUUAAGAUUAGGUAAAUACAACCUCAGAUGACCAACAACCAGCGCCUUGGGCGGCACUUUCAAGGGUGUGGCAAAUAAAGUUGCCCCCAAAUGCCCAGGCAAAUGCCUUGUAAGCCUCUCCUGUCACAUUCCGGCUCCCGGCAUCACUCUGCGGUGCAAGGUGGAGCUGAGCAGGGAGAGCUCACAAAUCAGCACUCCCUCUGCGCCAGCCUGGAACUCAGCUAGCCACCUGCCUGCACACCUGCCUCCCGCCCUGCCCAAGCAGCAGCCCCACUGGUAAAAAAGGUACCCAGCUCUCCCAAAGCAGGGAGGCUGGGCACAUUUAAAUUAAAAUAAAAAAAUAAAUCUGUGAGUGUUGGGGGGAAAUGUGUUUGUGUGUGUGUGGCUGUCUGUCAGUGAGUCUGUGUGUGUAUAUCUGUCAGUGUGUGUCUGUGAGUGUGUGUGUCUGUCAGUGCGUGUCUGUGAGUGUGUAUGUGUGUAUCUGAAUGAGUGUGUGUCUGUAUGUGAGUCUCUGUGUGUAAAUCUAUGAAUGUGUGUAUGUCUGUCAGUGUGUCUGUGUGUGAGUGUAUGUCAGAGUGUGCCUGUGAAGGAGCCUGUGUGUCUGUGAGUGAGUAUGUAUGUCAGUGUGUGUCUGUGAGGGAGCCUGUGUGUCUGAGUGAGUGUGUGUGUGUGUCUGUGAGUGUGUGUGUCAGUGAGUAUGUGUAUAAAUGAUUGUGUGUCUGUCAGUGGGUGUGUGUGUGUGUCUGUGUCAUUGUGUGUGUAUGUCAGUGAGUGUGUCAUGUUCCUGAGCAGGUCAGGGAGGAGACGAUUGCCAGGGUUAUUGGUUGAAACUUUAUUUGUAUUUUUAUACAUAACAAUUUACUUGAAAUAAAGAAUUAAGGCAAUAUGCCACAAACAGGAUAUCUUGAAAGUAAAUGACUAAAGUCUUUUUUAUACAAGUAGGUUUGACGUUAUUCCAAAGUAGUGGAGUAGUUUGUGGAAAGUCACACUGCAGCUAGGUUCAGGAUGAUACAGUGUUGAAAUGGUUAAAGCUGGUAAGUACUUUCAGUAUAAUAUAGUACAGGUUGCUUAAAGGAUUAUGCAGAGUUGCAGCAGUUGAGACAGUUAAAUAGAUUCCAGUAUAAUGAAAUACAGGUUGCUUACAGGAUCAUGCAGUGUUGCAGCAGUUGAAACAGGUAAGUAGAGUCCAGUAUAAUGUAAUACAGGUUGCCCACAGGAUUUUGCAAUGUUGCAAUAGUUGAAGAUAGGAGUUUCAGGAGGAUUCCGGCGAUGGGACACACAGAGUCUCAAUAGAGGAUCAGGAGGUUUUCAGGAGUCAGGAUCAGAAGUUCCAUAUCAGAACACUGACUUCAAUGUCAGAACACUGACUUCAAUGUAAAGGCCAUGAGAAGAGUUGGGUGUGGCCUUUUAUAGCAGACUUAGAAGAUCAUAUGAGGCAGGUGAGAGAAACUGAGGAUUGACUAGUGGUUAGGGAGGCUACUAGAGGCGAGAAACAGGUAUUGCAGCAGUAAAAUAAAAAAAUACCUUACAGUUGGAUCCUGACAGAGUGUGUGCGUGUCUGUCAGUGAUUGUGUGUCAGUGAUUGUGUGUGUCUGUCAGAUCGUGUCAAAUUAGUGAGUGUGUGUGUGUAUGCCAGUCAAAGUGUGUGUUAGUCUUUAAUAGGAAGAGGUGUGGCCUUAACAGGAAGGGGUGGGGCAAAUUUUUAAUUAGGGGGUGCCCAAGUUCCGUCAUUCCUAGGGCAGCAGAGAUCCAAAAUACACCACUGCCAACACCACAUGACAUAUUACACCGUAUCAUGAUUUAACAAAAAUAAAACCAAAAUAGAGAAGCCAUGUGUGGAAAACUAAAGUACACCCUUACUCCUUCCAUAGGAAUUAAGAGGCUAGGUAGGAGACAGUUGCUGCUAAUCAAAUGUCCUUGAUUAACUGAUCAUCAGCAAUUGUGACUGUAACAGAGUUCCCUGUACCCCGGCUGGGUACCUCUGCCAAGGAUCGCUUCCUAGCUGGAACAGGGGACAAACCUCAGCACACUUGCCCUCAGUCGCCAUGACUUGACCGGGGCCCUGGUACCACUCCCUCCUGGAACCGAAUGGGGAACUCGCUUUAGCAACCCCCAGGCACUGGACUUUCCCUGCUGAAUCCUCCAUGUUGGAACAAGCUGGAACAGUAAUUAACCCUUCCCCUCCCAGUAACCAGACAACACAUAGCUCUGGGAGUACAAGCUUGAAUGCUUUAAUGGCAGCCACAAUUGGCCUUAUAUGCAUGUCCCCAUGCAAGGGGCACUCCCCCUAGACCUGAGAGUAAACCACAGUAAAAAAAGAAAUACACAAUUACAUUGGCUCUCAGGUCCAGGACACUCCCAUACAAAAUCUGAUAAUCCCUCCUCUGUGCUUGGAAGAUAAUUGGAUCAGGAACUGUACUAAUCUAAUCCAAUUAUCUCCAAGCACAGAAAAAAAAACACUUUUCCCCAAACACCCCAAAGUACCCUAAAAAUACAUAAAACCCCACAAACAUUACAUCCCCUGAUAGCCCUGAUCUGAGUGACCAAUAUAUCCAAUAUAUUUCCUGGAAGUCAUAAUUUGACAAACCGUGCACAUGGUCCUAUGCCCAAAACAGUUUCAUGAAAUCAGUGCUAACGGUGGGUCACGUUCGGUAGUCUUUUACAGGUGUACCUGCAGGGCCCAUAGUCUGUGGGCAGGAGGCUGGCAAGCAAGCUCCUCUAGGAGUUCGUGGCAAACUGACGUGGGAAGGAGAAUUUUCACAGUGACCACCUUUACAAAAGUCAACGUUCUAGCAGUUUACUGGUCUGGAGUAUUCAGGUGUGUGUUAACACAAUAACAAAGAGGAAAUACAUCAGCAAUGAUCUUAGAGAAGCAAUCGUUGCUGGCCAUCAAACUGGGAAGGGUUAUAAGGCCAUUUCCAAAUAAUUUAAAGUCCAUCUUUCUACAGUGAGGAAGUUUAUACGAAAGUGAACAACAUUCAAGACAGUUGCCAAUCUUCCCAGGAGUGGAUGUCCCAGCAAAUUCACCCCAAGUUCAGACAGUGCAACGUUCAGAGAAAUUGCAAAAAAAACAAGAGCUACAUCUCAGAUUCAACAGGCCUCAGUUAGCAUGUUGCAUGUUAAAGUCCAUCAACGUUCAAUUGGAAAAAGACCAAACAGGUAUUGUUUGUUUGGAAGGGUUGCUAGGAGAAGGCAUAUUCUUUCUAAAAAGUACAUGGCACAACAACCUAGGUUUGCAAAGUUGCAUCUGAACAAACCACAAGACUUCUGAAACAAUGUCCUUUGGACCUAUGAGACCAAAGCAGAGAAGUUUGGCUAUAAUGCACAGUGCCAUAUUUGGCAAAAACCAAACACAGCACAUCAGCACAAACACCUCAUACCAAUUGUCAAGCAUGGUGGUGGUGGGUUGAUAAUUUGGGCUUAUUUUGCAACCACAGGACAUGGGAACCUUGUAGUCAUUAAGUCGACUAUGAACUCCUUUGUGUGCCAAAGUAUUCCAGAGUCAAAUGUGGGGCCAUCUGACAGACAACUAAAACUUGAUCGAAAUUGGGUCAUGCAACAGGACACUGUUUGCAAGCACACCAGCCAAUCUACGACAGAAUAAUACAAAAUAUAUGUACAGGUUGCACCAAAAUAAAAAGUCCAAUAAAAUAUCAGAUGCUUGGAGUAUUCUUUACUAGUAAAUCAACCAGGCUUGUGAUGGUGGCAGGUAUAUUUAAUAAAACAGAAAGAUAACCCAUAGUGGUGCAGAGUAUCUAGUACCAAGUGCAGAACAAACAACAAAGAUGUCUAUGAUGUAGCACUCACAUUUAGUAGAGCUGUAAAACCAGCUCUGAAUACAACAGCGUGCAGCAAUACAAUCCCCACUGAUGGGUAUGCUGUUCUAGGAGUAAGUCACUUGGGAUGUAGUUGAAUAUAUACAAAGAUAUAAACAGAAAUAAAAAGCUCUUUGUAAAACUGUACACUAAUAAUUUUAAAGGUAAACGUAAUCUCCUCACAUUUGAUAGAGCAAUAUACAUUUGCUCAGGUAUUAACGCUUGGGUGGUACCCACCAGGGAUAUAAUGUAGAGUAGCUCCUCCAAAGGAUAGUUCUUCCCAGGAUACAGGUAGCAGGUAGGUAUAAUAGUGGUAUAGAUGAGCCAGGAACAGCUUGUUUGAUCUGCUCUUGGUACUAGAUACUCUGCACCAUUACUGGUUAUCUUUCUGCUUUAUUACAUCUACCUGCCACCAUCAGAAGCCUGGACUAUUUACAAGUAAAGAAUACGCCAAGCAUCUGAUAUUCUACUGGACUUUUUAUUUUGGUGCAACCUGUACAUAUAUUUUGCAUAAUCUUGCUCUAUAUUAUUCAGUAAGGGACUGAGGAUAUCCAUUAACACCAGUGUUUGCUGCCUGCUUACAAUUCUACAUAGUGCUUAUCCUACGUUCUAUUAUUUGUGCUUAAUCUACAACAGAAUGGCUGAAAAAGAGAAGAAUCAAGGUGUUGCAAUAGCGCAGUUAAAGUCCAGACCUCUACCCAAUUGAAAUGCUGUGACGGGACCUUAAGAGAGCAAUGCUGCACAAACAAACGCCAGCAAACCUCAAAGAACUGAAGCAAAGUUGUAGAGAAGAGUGGGACAAAAAUCCUUCACAAUGUAAAAGACUGAUAGAGUCAUGUAAAAGAUUAUCACUUGAAGUUAUUUCUGCUAAAGGUGGUUCUACAAGCUGUUGAAUCAAAAGUUGUAAUCGGUUUUUCCCACAUGGCUUCUCCACUUUGUCUUUUUUUUUGUUAAAUCAUGACGUGAUGUAAUAUGUCAUGUGUUGUUGUUCAUCUGAGGCUGUAUUUACCUAAUUUUAAGACCUGCUAAGGAACAGAUCGUUGUUAUUAUUUCCUGAUGUGUAAAACCAGAGAAUUUAAAGAGGGUGUACUUUCUCUUUCCAAUGACUGUAAAAUCACGUAGGAAUCCUGCAGUGCAGGAAUUCUAAAUCUUGCAGGACCGCACUUUUCAUGAUAGAACACUAUCAGGGUCAUUCCUUAAAAUGAAAUUUGUUAAGAAUUCAAAGUGAAUUUCAAAUUUAAGGCCAAAAUACCCAAACUGGAAGCAUAGCUGACAUGGAGAAUUGUUCCAUUUUGGCUAUUGUAAAAUUCACUUAGAAUUCUCAACAAUUCACACGUUAUUGAAAAUACACACCAUUAUUUUGGGAGUUAUCCACAAACCUCUAAAUUGUAGAGAAUUGAAAUCCAAAUGACAAAUUUAAGGCUAAAGUUUGCAUAUGUUUCUAAAUCAGCUAUUUUCACACAAAUGGUGCCAUUUAAAAUUCAAUUUCAUUACCGUUUGGACCUUAGUGAACAAUUAUAUCAAUGUUAUUCACUAUGAUAUUUUUUUUCAAUAAAGGUGAAGAGCCUUUGAAUUAUCAAAAAUAAUCCAGAUCCAAAAGGGAGCAUUCGGAUUGCAAAAAUCUGUACAUAAUUCACAAAUUUGCCAUUGUAUGGAUUUUGAAAAACAGCCUCCAAAAUACCUUGUAUGUAGAUUUUAAAAUAUGCAACAGAAUGGUCAGAUUCUAAAGGAUUGGCCCUUUUCUGUCUGCAAAUUCUGUUCAACCAAAUCUACAUUAUUAAGUUACACUGAAUCUGCAUGCAGAUUGGGGCCAAUUAGUAUACAAGUUUAUUGUUACACAAAUCUGUCAGUAACACCAGUUUGACCGGUAAGAAUUUGUUAACUGCAUAAGAAGGUUUAAUAUACCCCAAUUAGUAAAUCAUAUUAAAGAAUAUUAAGUUGAUACAUUUAUAUUAUUAUAGAAAUAUAUUCAAUUAAUAAUCAUAUGCAUGAUUAGCAUAUUUAAUUAGUGUGUAAAUCUGGAAGUUGUUUUCUCUUCUUAAAUUUAUAUAAGGUAACUAGUUAUUAAAAGGGACACCAGAAGUCACCAGAACGACUACAGCUCUCUGCAGGAUUUUAUAUUAAUUUGUUUUUCUUUAAUUUUACACAUUAAAAUAAUUGUAGAUAUCGAUAGUAACAAGUAGUACAAAAAGGGUAGAAUGUAACAAUUACAAUAUUAAUAAUACAAUAAAAAUAAAAAACCAAAACUAACUAAGAAAGAAAACAAAAAACAGGAGUAUAAUAAUAGUUUACAUCCAUGUAGUUACUAAUAUAUAUAUUUAAAAAAAAAAGGGAGAAAGUACAAGUUUGUUAUAUAUGUUUUGUAUAAUUAUAUUUUUAAAUUAUAUUAUACAAAUAUUUUGUUUUGUCAGGUGGGAAACAUGGUCACGGUUUGUACUGAAGCCUAAUUUUGUCUUCCCAAGCUAUCCAUUCUUGUUUUAGAGUAGAUGUUUUUUCAGACGGAAUGCGAAGCGCUAGUUCAUAACGUCUGUUAUCAAAAGUCGUUAAGAGAACUUAAUUUACCGAUGGUGUAACAGGUGAUUUCCAAUACUUUGGAAUUGUUGAUGUAGCUGACACCAGAAGGUGACCCGGCAUAAUUCUUUUAAAAUGCGGUACAUUAACAGGGAGGUUUUUUUUUAAAUAGACAGAGACUUCUGUAAUACUAUUGCAUAUCACUGCAGAAUUUUCAACAUAAAUGGUGUAUUUUCAGAGAAAAAGUAACACCUCUAGUGGCCACUCCUUUGCGAUAGUGCUGUCUUCAGGUUCAGUAUCCUAAUUUAGGUUGUCACUCAGACAGGGAGGUUUGCAUCCCCAUUCCAUUAGCUCCACUGAGCCAACAGAAGCUGUCAGGAGCACUCUGUUAGAGUGCCCAUUAACAGGGCUUUGAAAUCUUACCUGUCGUCCUUCUUCCUUCUCCUCAGUCACAGCUACCUCCCUAGCUCCCCCUCUCCACCAAGAGCACUCACACACUUGUGGCGUCGAAUUAGAGACUUCUCAAUUAGAAGCAUGUGAUUGGUAAUUUCCCUGGUACAAAGUGAAAAUAUGUGCUAGGGAUAACGAGAAGGAUUGCAAAGGCCGUAGCCAUAAGAACCACAGCUGUGGCAAACUGUUUUUCGGUAUACCCCCAAAAGCCAACAUGCAUAAAUAAACACGUGCAUGUUUUCAUUGGGUGUAUAGGUGUUAAAUAGUGAUUUUAAAAAAAAUGUAUUUAUUUGUUUACAGUUUUUGAGUGGAGUGUUCCUUAAAAAAAUCACAAACAGUUCACACUUUCAAAAAUUAACAGGGAAUAAAAACUAUUUAUUUAUAAAAUAUUUUACCAGGAAAGAUACAUUGAAAUUUCUCGCUUUCAACUAUAUCUGCUUAAAGCGGCUCUGCCCCUUUCAGGCGCGAGUGCAUAUUUUGUAGCAUCGCCAUUCGGAAUGCAGUUCCCCUGGAUGACCAGUAGAGAAACGUUGUACUUACCUGAAGCGGUUCGCUGUCGGUGUUUCUACCUUGGUUCUCCGGCUCUUAGUGCUUUCUCCACCAGGAUCCUGUGUCAGUGCUGUACUUUUGCGCAUGCAGAGAUGUUUAUAGAGGAUCUUGUGAGAAUGCAGGGGCCUCCAUUGAGCAAGUCUCUAGAUCAGGGGUCCUCAAACUCUGGCCCCCCAGAUGUUGCUGAACUACAACUCCCAUGAUUCUUUGAAUUACAUAGAUAGCCAGAGAAUCAUGGGAGUUGUAGUUCAGCAACAUCUGGGGGGCUGGAGUUUGAGGACCCAUGCUCUAGAUGGACAAGACAAUGCCUGAUCCCACAGCCAUCCUGACAGCUGUGGGUACUGAAUAAAAAUUUAUAGUAGAUGAUUUAUUUUUUUUCAGUCUUUACAAAAAAGACAAAUAUUUUCACUGCAAUUAAAAUGAGCAUUCCAUAAAGAUUUUAUUUAAAAAAACAAAAACAAAACAACAUUAUUUUGGUGACAGAGCUGCUUUACAAACAUGUAUUACUAUCACCGAAUGUCUCCACCCCAAUGCAAGUCUGAGCUACUGCUGACUGCUGACUGCAUAAUAAAAUACACUGAAUUGCAUUGGGCUUUCCAUCACUAUACAGAAACAGGUCUACCUUGACACUGUGGUUUAGAACUACAUUUCCCGGCACGCUCUGCGCUACCGUAGGCUUCCUGUUGUACGUUCUGAAUAUGUCUAUGUGUCUGGACCUGACUUUUCCCAACAGGCUUUGCGUCCCUGGAAAAAAAUGGCGGCCACCGGUUCAUCCCAGGCUCCUAUUUCUUUUGGCUUCAGUCGCAGCGUUAAGAAGAAACUACAGACGGUGUCAGACCCAGAUACCCGGGACCAGGAGGAGGAGAAAGAGUACCUGGUUGGGGCUGAGGGAAAGGAGUUACUCGGGUGAGAUAUGGACUAUAAACUCUCCUAAUGUUGUGUAUUGAAUAGAGUAAGGUGGGCAAAAUUAGGACACCCCCCACCCCCCAGUUAUUGUAGAACUACAACACCCCUGAUGCUGUGCCUGCCUGGAAAACUAUAGUGGACUUUCUAGUUCUGCAAUAGCUGGGGGUGAUCUACCUUAUGCCCCCCCCACUUUGGUAUGGUGAAAAUAAUUUUUAUUUAUUUUUUAUUUUCUAAUUUUGCAACAUGCCCAGGCUGAAUCUGGUGGUAGUGCAUUAUGCAGGAUGGUCCCAUCUGGCUGGCUUAGCCUGAUUGAUAUAAUAUAACCUUUUUGUCCACAGCAAAGUAGUAGCCUAGAAUAAGCAUGGCUAUUUCUGAUCAUUUAAAGGACCACUAUAGUGCCAGGAAAACAUACUCGUUUUCCGGGCACUAUAGUGCCCUGAGGGUGCCCCCACUCUCAGCGUCCCCCUCCCGUGAGCUCUCUUCCGCCUCUCCGCCUCCGAUCCUCCUCUUCGGCUGUGCAUGCGCGGCAGGAGCUGCGCACGCAUUCAGCCAGUCUCAUAGGAAAGCAUUCAUAAUGCUUUCCUAUGGACGCUGGCGUCUUCUCACUGUGAUUUUCACAGUGAGAAGCACGCAAACGGCUCUAGCGGCUGUCAUUGAGACAGCCACUAGAGGCUUUAGAGGCUGGAUUAACCCAUUUAUAAACAUAGCAGUUUCUCUGAAAGUGCUAUGUUUAUAAAAAAAAAAAAGGGUUAAUCCUAGAGGGACCUGGCACCCAGAUCACUUCAUUAAGCUGAAGUGGUCUGGGUGCCUAGAGUGGUCCUUUAACCUGAAUUAAGUGGUGAUUCUUGCCAUGGUUUAUCCUAAAUAAGGGUUGGCCAAUAUGUAGGUAGUAAGCUGAACAAAAAAAAUAAUAAUCAUAUGAUGCUUUAUCGCCCUUAAAGGAGUGAUGCGGGGGACACUUUAUCAAAGUGCGCUGAAAAAUUUAAUUUUUCACAUGCGAUUCAAAUAUCCGUUUAUUCGAGUGUGUUAACAGAAGUCUAAAAAGUAUCUUUUUUUCCUUUUUCUAUAUAGCGACAGUUUGUGCCUCCAUAAGUAUGCAAAGACAGGAAAGUGAUAAAUAGUGAAUGAUGCCGCCAUUCUUCUAAAUCAUACGAGAAAAACUUCACAUAGAGGUUAUUCUGCAGCUCUUUGAUUAAAAAAAAUAUAUAUAUAUAUAAUGAAGCUUGACAUUUGUACUGGUGUCAACACACACUUUUAUAUAAUGCAUUAAAAUGCAAAUGAAAUUAACAGAUACCUUUAAAAUGUCAUGCUGUUUCUGCUAUACAUGCAGAAAUAUGCAUAUAUUCUGUUUAUAGAGGAUCUUGUGAGAAUUCAGGGGCCUCCAUUGAGCAAGUCUCUAGAUCAGGGGUCCUCAAACUCUGGCCCCCCAGAUGUUGCUGAACUACAACGCAGAAGGCUGACCCGUCAUCUUUUGGUAAAAUGCUCCAACAAUCAGGAGUCUCACAUUCUGGUCUGUUUUUAAUUUUCUUUUCCUAUACCAUAAACCUUUGUCUAGCAGAGGUUAAUGGAAUAUGCAGUUGCACUCAUCAUACCAUUUGCAUAUACACUGUUUUGUGAAAAAGUCUUGGCGUGGCAAUCUCCAGGUCCUUUAUCCACAUCUUUGUGUCAGGGGCAGACAAAGGGAGCGGAGAGAUGUUUGGCUAAUUGUCUCUUUUGCAUGCACAAGUUUGGUAAUGGGUAACCCCGUUCAUGUCCCUGCUCUGUGAGGCAGAGGUAUAGCUCCACUGAUGGUUGCCUAUUGCAUCAUGGAAAGGCACUCUGUGAAGGAACACUGUGAUCAGUGUAAUCUAAGUAUUAUUAAACGUAAACACAAAAUUGUAAAACUGGUUUGCUAGGCACACAGUAUAAUACAAUAUGAAUAUUGAAAUAUGAUCACAUCUUGUUUUAGAGUUUAUUUCUUAUCUAGAAUACAGUUCAUUGUUUAAGAGUACUGUAGGUGUGUAUAACUGUACAAGAUUUUGUACUUGAAUCAUUGACCACAAAUGUGUGCCAAAAACUAAAACUGUUGCAUUAGCAUGAAUCCAGGAAGGUACAAGAUGAUGUAUAAUUUAAAGCGGCUUGGUCACUUAGAGUAUUUCAAAGAGAUCUAAUCUUUAUGAAAUACUCAUGGUGCCUGCGUUGUAAUUUAAUUGAAAUACCAUAAGACAAAGUAAGGGACUACUUGGUCUUCUAGAAAAGUGUGAGGUUGACAAAAUGUAGAGCUUUGCUGACAAGAUUUUUGUCCAGAUUCUGUCGCUGGGAGUUAGGCAUUGUGUCGUUUAGUGUGAUAUGUGACCUUUGAAGGCUAAAAAGGUCUUGCAGGGUCCACCAUAGACAUCUAUUUUUUUUUUUUCUCUUGGCACCGAUCACUGGAGCUAAGGAAAAUGCAAAAGACUUCCCCAGGGUCUUUUCACACCCUCAUAAUAGGGGGAACAGUGCCAGCUUGGGUUUGGACACACUUUUCUUUCUUUCUUUGAGCUGUGGUCUUUAAAUCCAUUUAACCUCCCUGCGGUCUGAAUUUGUCAGUAUUUUUUUAUGGUAAAGCGGUACAUUGUUUUGUAUGUAAAUUUGUUGUUUCAUAUUGUAGGCUUGUAAUUCUUGGGAAUAAAUUACUUAAAUUUGUCCAAACAAGAGUCUAGUAGACAUCCCGGGUAUGAUAGAGUUUGAAACACGAAAUCACAAAUUCUAAUAUAAUAAAUCGUGAUGUCCCUGUACCUCACAGUCAGCAGACACAUUCCAGCCAAUCAGCAGCAGACCCUCCCUCCCAGACCCUCCCACCUCCUGGACAGCUCACUAAGAAUGCAGCUUCAAAAUGGAUGCUGUCCAGGAGGUGGGAGGGUCUGGGAGGGUCUGCUGCUGAUUGGCUGGAAUGUGUCUGCUGACUGUGAGGUACAGGGUCAAGGUUUACUCAAUGAUGAGUCCGUGGCGAACCGUUCGGGACAUCACUAAUAAUAAAUAAUUAUAUUGUAUUGUGUGCAUGUGUACUUUUUAAAAAAAUAAAAAAAUAUUUUCCGCAAGGCAGCGCUCGAAGGAAAAGGGAACCCGGAAGACUGCUGGCAUCGGGCGGAGGACACUGGCAUGGCUUGGGGUUACCGCUUUUGGUACUGAAAAUUACCCCAAGCCACGCUCGGGAUUACUGCCAUGGAGGUUAAAGAGCUAUGUGCCGUGCUCACUAAUUGUUGCCCCUACUGACAAGAUAAGAAGGGGUCCCUAAUUUAUUAAUGUAGCAGUCUGGAGGUAGCGAUUGAAAUACUGCGGCUUAACAAGAUCGCUCAGUCACGGUAUUUAAAAGGCUAUGUGCAGUGCUCACUUUGAGCCCUGCACGCAGUUUACCGGUUAGUCUUGGGCCUCUAAUUGUGGCCCCAGUUGACAGAGUAAACCCUCAGGUAUCUGUGGUUCCUUGGUACCAGCUGUGAUUUAGCCCCUGCUGGUACCUUUACUGCAUGAUAGUCUGAUAGCAGAUUUCAUUCCCUUGUGCUUGGUUGCCCGAAUGACUGAUGUGUGGUCCCCUUAUAAUGCCUUAGCGAACACCUACCUCCCCUUGCUGUUAACCACUAACAAAGAUGGUACUGCUGCCUGUCCACUAACUAGACAAACGACGUUCGGGAGAUAUGACCUACCGAACAGAGGGAGCAUUCGCUCCAUAGCAAUCAGCCGGUCGUUCAAAACAUUUUUUCGAACAGAACUUUCGUUCUACUGAACCGAAUUGAGUGCUUUUUUGGAUAUGCUGUGCGCUCAGAUUAGGGCUAUUCGGGAAUAUGAUUUGUAAGGGGUUCCUGUUUUCUUUCCAUACCAUUUUUGGGGUAUGUUAAAAAUGUAUAAGUUUCUGUAUUUGAGAGAUCAUUAUGUCUCAAACACAAAGGCUUGGGGGGGGGGGGACCCUGUUUUCUUGAUGUGGAAACCCCAUGCUAGGGCAAUGCAAAAAAAAAAAAAAGGAAGUGUGUGGCAGAAUAAUCUUCAGUUGUACUCCCAGAACUAUGUAUCUUCUAGUUACUGUGGAGGAGGUGGGCUAUUUACUUGGCAAUUUCUUGUUCCUGAUUUAUACUCUUGGCGAUCCAGCGGAGGAAAGUCCUGAGCAGGACUAGAGCUUCACUACAGGUCUAUACUGUCACUGGGCAUUAAAGCCCUGCACUGCAUGACCACAUAGGUCAUCAUGUUGUUCUUAAAUGGAGGGGCAUAAUUUGAAUCUACCUAGGAAAACUAUAAUAUUAAAAAUAAACAUUUUUAGUUUUCAUUUUAGAAUAUUUCUUUAAUCCAUUCCUAGCUGUAGCAGACUGCUUUGGAAGUAAAAAUUUUAUAAAAAUAUGUUGAGGCAUCUCAAAAAGAAAGAAAAUUGCACUUUACAGUAAUACCACACUAGUACAGCAUAACAAUUUGAAGCCAGAAAUGUAGCUUUAUUAGGCAAAUGACCUAGACUUUCUAUUAUAUUUUAACUGCAUAUUACUCAAAUAGAUUUUUGGGCAGGUAGAAUCCUCGGUACAUCUGCCUGAUAUCAAUUUUGUUCAAGUGGUGCAUCAGUGUUGAACCACAGAUUGUGGCUCUGUGACGCAGCUGUCAAAAACUUCAUAAUAUUUGCAGACUUUACAACUAUGCCACAAAGGUUAAGGAAAUAAAUAAAAUGGAAGUGCAUUUUAGCUAUACUUGUUUCGUUUUUUUUUUCCAAUUUAAAUUUUUGUUGUGCAAUGCCAGUUUCACAAACCGGUAUAAACAUGCCAUCAUAAAAGACAAUAAUAUAUAAGGUGUAUCCAGGAAAAUUUGAGAAAUGUGUCAAGAUUUCUGCAGUAGUUUUAAGUUAUCUAAUAGAAAAUAAUACAUAACUAUAAUUCAGUGCUUAUGUAAGUCGAUUACAGUCGAAUGGCAGCCCAAAAAGUGCAGCGUGUCUCAUUUCCUGUUAAAAGUUGGGUAAAACAUGAGAUAGAUGCAGCGUCUAAAUCAUGGGUCGUCAUCCUGGUCCCUACCGCCCACUAGUGGGCGUUUCAGGAUUCCAGGUGGGCGGUAAGGAUUUCGGCGGCUAAAUCCUCUAUUUGAGAGAGUGGGCGGGCGUGAGUGCGCACAUGAACGAACAUGCUCGAGAAUGUGUGCAAGCGAACGCGUGCAUGGGCGCGCAAACUUGUAACACAUGGGAAGAGGAAGGGGAGGAGUGGGAGCUGAUGCAUGAUAGCAGGGACAGGGAGAAGUGGAGCAGAGCAGUUGUAAAAUAGGAGAAAGAAAAGUUAUAGGCAGGGUAAGGAGAGAAUUGUUGUGGGCUAACUAGCUCAGUUUUUGAGCGUACAUUGACGUAAGGAAGGUAAAAAAAAAGCAUAAAAAAGGAGAAUAAAAGGAAAAGAUCCAAAAAAAAGGGGGGGGAAGAAAAAUAGAAACGGGAUAAAAUAAAGGAGGAGAGUACUUGUAGAAUAGAAGAAAGGAGGAGCAGCGUACUUGUAGAAUGGAAGAAAGGAGGAGCAGCGUACUUGUAGAAUGGAAGAAAGGAGGAGCAGCGUACUUGUAGAAUGGAAGAAAGGAGGAAAAUAUAAAAAGGAAAAGGAGAGAAUUGUUGUUGGCUAAUAAUAGUAAGUGUGCUACCUAGCUCAGCCUUCCUGCUGGGCAUUGCUAUAAGGAAGGUAAAAAAGGAGGAAAAAAAGGUGGUGGGAGUGGGGGGGUCGGGGAAUUGAGGAGGGGAGCUGAUGCACAGAUGAGAAAUCUUAUUAUGAGCAAACAGAGAAGUCUUCUGAAUAUCACCGAAAGAGGAGACCUUCGUUUGUUCCGUACGAAAAUUUAACCAGAUAUCAAAUAUUUAGUCUCGGUGCAUCAACCUCAAGGAUCUCAUUAACCCCUUCGUGACCAGUGACAGUUCAGGACAGUCAUUGGUAUUUUACCGUUGACGACUGCUGACGGUCCUGAACUGCCGUCACAACGGUAUUGUGUACUUAACCGAUCGCCGUUGUUUCCCUGGCGGCAAUCGGCGGUGCUCCCGGUGUGGGGAGACUGACUGCAGCCCAGGCAGUCUCCCCGUGGCGAAUUAGGACCCCGGGGGCCAUGUGAUCGCUCAACAGAGCGGUCAUGUGGUUAAAAUAGGUGUCCUAGUGUCUGCCUGCACUAAUAAAAAAUUAAUGUUAAGAAAAAAAAUAAAAUAAAAAUAAAUGUCAUACGAAGUGUAUUUUUAUAUUAAUAUAUCCAUAUAUUAAUAUAAAAAUACACUUAUAAUUACACACGUGUGUGUGUGUAUAUAAAUAUAUUAUAAAAUACAUAUAAUAAGUAAAUUAAAAAUGUAAAAAUAAUAAAAAAAAUUAUAUCUAGAACAUUUUAUUCUAACUGUAUUUUGAUAUUAUAAAUACACAUAGAAUGAAAUUGUGUGUGUGUGUGUGUGUGUGUGUGUGUGUGUGUGUAUAUAUAUAUUUUCUAUCUAUCUAUAUAUAAAUAAAAUAAUACGAAAUAUACAUAUGUCCAUAUACAAAAUUACAUAAAUAAUUAUAUAAAUACGUAGACUUCAAAUAUAUAAAUAUGCAUAUAUAUUUAAAUUCUACGUGCGUAUUUAUGUAAUAUUUUUACAUAAUUAAGUAAUUCUAUUGAUUGCAAUUUGAGUGACCUGAAUGACAACCAAGGCUGAAAUUCCAGAGAAUUUUUAAUUUGUUAGCACUGUAUUUUACCCUGUAACUUUCUAUGACACCCUAAAACCUGUACAUGGGUACUUUUAUUUGGGAGACUUCACUGAACACAAAUAUUAGUGAUUCAAAACAGUAAAACAUAUCACAGCAAUGAUAUUGUCAGUGAAAGUUACUUUUUUUGCAUUUUUUAAUUGUUGUGAUACCUUUUACUGUUUUGAAACACUAGUAUUUGUGUUCAGCAAAGUCUCCCGAGUAUAACAGUACCCCCCAUUUACAGGUUUUAUAGCGUUUGUUGAAAGUUACAGGGUCAAAAAUAAGGGUCAAAUAUUUUUACAUUAAAAAUUGCCAGGUUGGUUACGUUGCCUUUGAGAGCGUAUGGUAGCCCAGGAAUGAGAAUUACCCCCAUGAUGGCAUACCAUUUGCAAAAGAAGACAACCCGAGGUAUUGCAAAUGGGGUAUGUCCAGUCUUUUUUAGUAGCCACUUAGUCACAAACACUGGCCAAAAUUGGCGUUCAAUUUUUAGUUUUUUACUUUUUUCACACACAAACAAAUAUGAACGCUAACUUUGGCCAGUGUUUGUGACUAAGUGGCUACUAAUAAAGACUGGACAUACCCCAUAUUGAAUACCCUGGGUUGUCUACUUUAAAAAAAAUAAAAAAAUAAAAAAUGUACAUGUGGGGUGUGAUUCAGAGAUUUGACAGAUAAGUGUUACAAUGUCACUAUUGAUACAUUUUUAAAAAUAUAUGUUUUGAAACAGCAAUUUCCGGUUUGUACUUAUAGCCCUAUAACUUGCAAAAAAGCACGUAAACACUGGGUGUUUUUAAACUCAGGACAAAAUUUUGAAUCUAUUUAGCAGUUUGUUUCAUUAGCUUUCGUAGGUAAGUAAAAGAUUUUUUUUAAGCAAAAGUCAAAAAACAUGUAUUUUUUUUUCUUCAAUUUUUCACCAUAUUUUAUUUUUUUUAAAGUAAAUUAUAUGACAUGAUACAAAUAAUGGUAUAUAAAGAAAUCCCUUUUUGUACUGAAAAAAAAAACAAUAUAUAACUUGUAUGGGAACAGUAAAUGAGAGAGAGGAAAAUUACAGCUAAACACAAACACCACAAAAGUGUUAAAAGAGCCCUGGUCCUUAACGUACAACAUCGCAAAUACAGGCUGGUCUUGAAGGGGUUAAUCACUAGUAAAGGUAUUUUCGGUUUACUUUAUUGUUUUCUCAUUAAACUUUAUAAAGUUAAAAACAUUAUAAACAUGCAUAAAGUAGAAUUAAAAAGAUAAAUGUACAUUUUUUUAAAAUUUUUUUUUUUUAAACACCCUCCUUUCUAAAAAAUAUUCUGCACUUGUGCGAAAACUGGUGGGCGGUAAGAAAAUUUUUCCAUCAAGAAAGAUGCAUUAGUGGGCGGUAGGUAGAAAAAGGUUGACUAAAUAGUCACUUUUAUAGAGCUUCAAUGCAGCUUCAACUUAUGUGCCAGGGUGAAUGAUCCAUGUCUAAGGAUAAAGUACAGUACUGGUUCUUCGUAUGGUUGUAGUUGUGGAGGUAUCAGGUGGGCGGUGGUGGGUUCUGCAGAAAACGCCCAGUGGGCCUCUAUGGCCAUGGAUCAAGGCUGGCAGGGGAGAUCAUUUCAUCUCCCCUGCCAGCCCAUGCAGAGCCAGGCUUGCUGUAAGUCCUUUCGGGCUGGUGACAUCAUCAAAGAUCUCCCCCACUGGCACUUAGUUCCAACAGAGUGAGGGAAGGGCCUGGGAGACAGACUCGUCAUAGCGUUACCGCACGUUACCAUGGCAACGCUCCAGUACAGUGCUGUGCUCGUAGGAGGACAGGAGAGUCAGCCUGCAGCCGUAGGAGCUGCAGACUAAAGUGAACAUGCCACCACUGGGCCACCAGGGCUUGCAGCAUUAUGUCCCCCCUUCCUGUUAAAAGGUAAGAAGGAGGCAGGGGGACUCAUUAAGAUAUAUUUACACACAGCAUAGACCUUAUGCACUCUUCACACACAUACACACUGCCCCCUCAUAAACUACACCCCUAACACACACUGCCCCUCCCUCUCACACACACAGACUGAGCCCCCCUACCCCCCACACACACACACACACACACAUGGAAAAAGUGGAAUUGAGAAUAGAAAAAAGGAAAAAGAAAGAUACAUAUAAGUACAUAUUUCAUUUUUUUUUUUUAAACCUUUCUAAAAAAAAAUUGCACUGGUGCGCGGUCAGGAAAUUUUACCAUCAACAAAGAUGCAAAAGUGGGCGUUAGGUUGACUACCCCUGGUGUACAUAAUCUUUCUCCGUGUGUGUGUGUGUGUGUGUGUGUAUGUGUAUAUAUAUAUAUAUAUAUAUAUAUCUAUCUAUCUCUAUCUCCACAAUAGUGUACACCGUACAUAUGAAGUGUAAAACACAAAAAAGAUUUUUAAAAUACCUACCCACAUGCCAUUACAUAAAGUACGGUUUGCUCAAUCCAAUACGCUUAGGUGGUAUUAUCCCCACCAAGGAUAUAGCCUAAGGAUCCAGCUGCAGCAGAAACGUUUCCAAUAAAGUACUAGUAAUAGUAAAAAAAAACAAUAGCAAGGUAAAAAAUAGAGAAAACAGUUUGAAUAAUACAUCUUACGCGUUUAACCUAAACAUAGGCUCUCAAAAAGUGUUUAUAAAGCCUAUGUCUAGGUGAAAUGUGUUAAGUGUACUUUAUCCUUAGGUGGGGAUCAUUCCGCAUAAGUUGGAGCUGCAUUGAAGCUUCAUAAAAGUGACUAUUUAGGCGCUGGACCUACGUCCUGUUUUACCCAGCAGCAUAUUAGAAGACAUUGGCAAAUUAAAGCGAAACAGAAGAGAACUAACAAGGGCAACUUAUGAUGUUCUCACAUGUAGGGCAAAGUCACCCAAUGGCUUCAGGGCAACCUCUUCUCUGCAUACUCAAAGGUUCCACUCUCCACCAAAAACAUGGAAAUGCACUAGGCGGUGCCUGCAAUCUCUCGGCCCAGGGCUAGAUGUUGCAUACAGAACCUCCCAAGGUAAUUGCUGCUUGUGGCUAGGCCAGCUCCCAGGAAGAAAAAGGGGGAUACAGCUGUAAACCACUUGAGGCCUGAGAACCCAGUGAGUGACAAGGACUAGCGGUAAUCUUACGUGCCUGCUGCUAGCAGUCCUGUAUGGAAGGCUAGUUGGUCUGAAGCUGUGAGGCCCUCUGGUCCAGUUUAGCACAGAAUCUUGUGCAGAUGUCAUCAUAGGCACUACAGACUGUAGACACUUGUGGGUGCGGCAGGCUCAGUGAGAUAGGGCACUCGAUAAUAGUCACUUCGGCAUAUCAGAUUGGGAUAUUGGUCACGUCUCCCCACCACGGUGCACUAGCUGCGACGUCAAAGAGCUGGAUACCACAUGAAUAGGGAAUUACUACAAGAUUGGAGUCUAGUUACAAAUAGCAUCCGGCAUGUACCUGCUAGAGUUGUUCCAGUCGCCAAAAUUCUCUAGUUAAACUAUUAUAUACCACAGCUAUCCACUAUGGAAGUCAGGACCCCCCUUAGCUAUACUUUUGUAUUCUAUACUUCUAUAACGUGAGUGUGUGCCUAAAAUUGUAAUCCAAUAUUUUAUAAAGAAUCUAUAAAAACAUUUCCAUUUCUAUGAAAAACAAAUGGAAGGUCACAAUCAGCUGUGUCCUGGUGUGAGCUCUGGAAAUUGCAGGUCACUAGUAAAAGUUAAAAGGUUAUUCCAACCACCAUAACCACUUCUGCUUUUAGAAGUGGUCAUGGUGGUAGGAGUUGGUACGUGCAGUGUAUCUACUUGAAACGCUAUACAUACUGAGAUAUUUGCACCUGUGUGCCGGCGGCUAGUUACACCCGCAGCACACAUGACUUUGGCAGACCAGAACAGAACACAAUUCUGUGCAAAAUCUGCAACUGCGUCAGACUCGUAUGCUGGCGACAGACGUGGCCAUCUUCUCCCGUGCAGGUAUUAUGUCUGCAAGGGGAAGUUUGCUCUUCCCUCCCACUGAGCAGUCACUCCUGCUCUCCUGUAUUGAAAUUAUUUUGUAAAUCCCUUCUUUCCCACCUCUACCUGCUCAGAGAAUGUGCAUACGCUCUGAUGCGGUCAAACAGUCUAAUCAAAUGCUUCUGUAUGAGAAGCAUUUGAUUGGCACAGCUGAUGUCAGACAAGGUGUGGAAAGCAGCACUGGGAGCUUCGCAAUGAGCUACAUUAGAGGUAAGUUUCCCUCUAAGUUUUGUUUUAUAAAGGGGUGGACCUAGUGCAUAAUGCCCAGUAUAGCCUUACAAAUGUAAAAAAAGGGGGGAAAAAAUCAAAAUUUGGAGUGACACUUUAAGGGACCUGACUUUUAUUUUUGUAAUGUGUUCUAAUUUCUGCGUUUUCAUGCUACAUUUAAAGGGGAUGGUCAACUCUCUCUUUAUGCUUCAUUAUAAUCUUGUAUUCUGUAGAAGAUAAAACUGAUGUUGCUUUGUUUCCUGUAUUUAUUUUAAUUUUUUUUUUUUUUUUACCUGAUUCAUACAUUUGCAUUCUGCAGAAGGGACUUGUGUUUGCUAAACGGUAACCUAGGCAAUUGUGAUCUGUUUCCACUGUAGUGUACAGGAAGUUUGCAAUACUUUCCUGUCUCAGACUUGUUCACCACACCAAUUUCCUCUGCAUCUCAAUCCCGUUCUCCCUUUUUUGUGGUCAGUACACAUUAAAUAUAUUCAGUCAGUAAAUGCACUAUCUACAAGCAAUGUUCCUUAAAGGGACACCGUAGGCACCGUAUCUGCUUCAUCUCAUUAAACUGGUUAUAGUGUCUGGAGUCCCCUGGUAUCAUAAUUUCUUUCAGCAUUAAACAGUUUUUAAUGUUUUAAUGAUAAACAAGAGUCCCCGGCAGUCCAUCACAUCUGUGCAGCUUUGGCUAAUAAGGAAGUAUUAGCCUGAGCAGCAAUGGACAGCUGUGAUUGGCUGAGAGUGUCAGGUGACUGCUUUCAGCCUGUCAGAGCUCCAACUGACGGUAUUAAUGGGUAUGACAACAAGGAAGUGUGUAAUCUCUGCCUUAGCUACACAUACAGAAGGGGCUGGACUGUAGGUGGCCAGGGACUCUUAUGUUGUGGCAUACUGCAUGAACAUGGUGCAACACUGAGUGGAGGGACAGUGCCAGGGCACUCCAGGCACUAUAACCAAUUCAAAGAGAUGAAAUGGUUAUAGUGACUACAGUGUCCCUUUAAGUUAUGAAAAAGUUACUAUACCACUGAAUGAAUUAUUUAAGAAAAUGUUGAUCAUUUUCUUUAGUCUGUCUUUUAAGGAAGUGUAGCACUUGUGGUGUGUACGUUACUUUGACCUGUCCUCCUCUCCUUAGAGAGCACCAGUGCUAAAAUAAGUUGGAAUGUUUAAGAAAUACACAGAAGUGAGCAGUCAGUUUGCAAUUGCAGAUCUGGUGCAUGUUUUGUUGAUUUAAUGUUCCUUAAAGAAACACUCCAAGCCGAGAGUGCCAAGUGACCCCUUCAUGUAAGUAGUCAAAUCAUUUAGUAACAUUUUGACUUCUUACCUGAUAGCUGCUGGGUGCUGCUUCCCAUCUCCCCUCAUUUGGAAGUGAGAGCCAGAAGCUCUCGCUAGGAGCUUCCAUUAACUCUCCUGAUCUCAGGCAUAGUUUGCCAUUCCAGCUCAUCGCCGGACUUCGUUCAGAGCUAAAAGCUUCUGUCCAAAUGGAGGCUGUAGUGGAGAUGGGGACUGGUGCCCGAUGAAUCCCAAGUAAGAAGUCAGAUCAUUACUAAGUCAGAUCAUUCAGAGAAACUGCUAUGUUUACAUUUGGGGUUAAUCCAGCCUCUAGUGGCUGUCUUCCGGACAGCCACUAGAAGAGCAUCUGCGACGCUGGAAGCAAAUUUCUCCUCCAUCGUGUAGAGCAUCCAUAGGACACUUUGAAUGCGUGCACGGCACCUGCUGCGCAUGUGCAUUUGGCUUCAGUGACGUCGGAUGAGGGAGCUGAUGUCUGAUGGGGAGGAGAGGUCACCAGCGCCGAGGGAGCCUGGCGCUGGAUUAAGGUAAGCUGCUGAAGGAGUUUUAACCCCAUCAGCACCACGGGAGGGGGACCCUGAGGGUGGGGGCACCCUCAGGCACUAUAGUGUCAGGAAAACCGCUUUGUUUUCCUGACACUAUAGUGAUCCUUUAAGGGUCCUGUGAAUAUGCACUCAAACCACUUCAAUGAGCUGUGGUGGUCUUGGUGUCUAUAGUGUCCUUUUAAGGAAGGAGGAGGAAGAAAUUUCAAAUAGUCAUAGCACUUUAGAAAUGUUUUUUACGCCGGCUUGAGUUAGGUUUUAAAGGGCACCUUAAACACACUUAUCUAUAAGACGAGUAGUAUUUACUACAUCUUCUAAUUCCAGUAAAAUUACAAAGCCAUUUCCACACAGUAAUAUAUACAUAUUUCUUUGAAUUUCUUUUUGUGAUAAACUUAAAUGGGAAACACUGUAAGACAGCUCUGUAAGUUAUUACAGUUAAUCCAUGAAUCAUUAUGUUUCACAAUGCCUUCUUGGUUUUAAGCCAAAUGUACACUUUGACAAGAAGUACUAAACAGCAGGAAGAUUAUUUAUGUUUCCUAAAGAUGAGAUUAUACACAAAGAGGAAGUGUACAAUAGUUGAAAACACAGCAUCUCUUCUGUUAGACUUAGACAUUGAAAGUCCCAGAAAAUGUGUCAUUUGAAUUAAACAACAAGAUGUUUUAGGAGCACAAGAAUGGGGAAACGUUGGUCAUACUUUACAUAGCAAGUUCCCUUAACUAGUCCCAAACAGUUAUUAAGAAAUGAAUGAGUGCUUUCUGUAUGUGUUUGACAGCAGCGAUUAUGUAAUAUAAAUUUGCUUUGCGAUAUUUGACUAUUGUCUAGUUUGCUAUUUCAGCCCUCCUCCCUCCCCUGAAUUAAGUUUUAAGAAAGCAUGGAAAAAGGGGCAAAGAAAUGGAUACAGUAUUUCUGUUUCUAAAUGCAAUGUGUGCCAUUGUUGCGCCCUUUCUCUCAUACCAUCAGGCUGUAGGAUAUUGCCAGUAGCAUUUACAUUUCAAACUAAACUUAUGUUGGGUGAUGUCUUUUUUUUUUUCCUCAGUAUUUUAUUGGGUGAGCACCACUAAAACUAUAUAAACUAGGUAUACAUCCUAUACAGAAAUCAAUACAAUCAGUGGCGAAUGAGCAAUAGUACUAGCAUUGUGGCAGAUAAAAGAGCAUUGAGCUGUGGCUCUCAUUUUAGAGUAUAUAAAGGGGAGGGAUGUCUUUUUUUUUCUUUUUUCUUUUUUCAAUUUAUAAUCUUUAUUCGGAGAUAUCAUCUCCACUUUUUCUUUUUUUAAUUUUUUAACACAAUAGAGUUUGACAAAAAAGAAGAUAAAAUUAACAAAACAUCCCAUAAAUAAGUUAUACAGUGAGACACAGAUAUCGGUAAACAUUACUUUUACCCACAUAGGCAUGAAGUAGUAUAGUUACAUUUAGUAAAUCCCUAUGUUGUUUAAAGAUCUCACUGUAAACAACUCACAUACAAAAAAGACAAGACAUAGCAAGACAAAACAUCAAAUGGUCAUAUGUGGUCACACUUAUUAUAGUGUCAAUCUCAACUUAGGCUCAGAGAAAUUCAGGACAUCUAUCUAUAAGUCAGCAACAGCCUCUAACUUCACCAACCAGGAGUUAUAACGUUCUUGAUAUUUUGUAUUUAACCCAGCUUCCAUUUUCAGUUGAUAUUUGAUUUGUUCCUUAACUAUUGGCCAGGAGGGCACCAACUCCAUUUUCCAGUACCUUGCGAUGGAAAGUUUCGCAGCUAAAAGUAUAUGCAAGAUAACCGGCAGUGAAUUGCUACUAACCUGGCGGAUAUCUAAUUGUAAAAGGCAUAUCUGUGGUACCAUCGGUAAAUCAAUCAAAGUAAUAAGUUUUAUCCUAGAUAAGAUCAUUUUCCAAAACUUCUGUAUAAACCUACAGUCCCACCAUAUAUGUAGAUAGUUCCCGCACUCCACGUUGCAUCUCCAGCAAGUGGAGUCACCUGAACUAUUAAACUUCUUAAUUUUACUGGGGACCAUAUACCAUCUAUUUAUGAUUUUAAAAUGACAUUCCACCAGGUUGAGGCAAUGGAUAUAUUUAUAGAUCAAAUUUAGAGCUUCUCUCCAUUGGUUACAAGUAAUCUGAUUACCCAAAUCUCUUUGCCAAGAAUUAAUUAUAGCUUCUAGAGGUUUAUCUGAGUUAUUUUGCAAUAAAUUUAAUCCCAUAGAUAAUAGUUUUUUUGGAGAAUCUCUAUCAAGGAUAUUUCUUAUAUCCCUUAAACGAUCAUACCUUUCUGUGAUAACAUAUUGGUGACAAAAGCCUUUUAGCCUAAGGUAAUUGAAAGUCUCCUUAUUAUCUAUUUUAUAUGUUUGUUUUAAAGUUUGGAAAUCCAUCCAUCCAUUUCUAUCCAUUAAGUCUUGAAAUUUAUAUACGCCUUUUUCAAUCCAGCUUUUUAAGUUAAAAUUAGUCAUGUAAUGAGCCAUAUUCUUUAAGGGAAGGGAAGGGAUUAACUUAUUGUAAAGACCUAGUGAGUUUUUCGUUUUUUUCCACCCUCUUAGGACAUUGUUCAGGAUAACACUAGAUGAAAUGGGGUUUACCUUAUGAUCGGUCUCUAAUUUUAAGGGCCAAAAAAGCACAGACAACUCCAACGGUGAUCCCUCAGUUGAAGUAAGGUCUUGUUCUAUCUUGUACCAUAUCUCAUUCUUACUAUCAUUUAGUUGAGUAAUAACUGCGUGUGUAAAAGUCGCAGCUUUCUGGAAGUCCUUUAAAAUAGGAACCCCCAGGCCCCCCAUUUUCACUUUUAAGGCUAAACGUUUUUGGGAUAUUCUUGGAGGCUUAUGUAACCAUAUAAAUUUAUUCAAAAGGGAUUGAGCUAAGGUCUGGACACGGUAAGGCCACCAUUCUAAAUAAAUAAACCCAUUUUGGGAUAAUAUAAGAUUUAACUACAUUAAUGCGGCCCCACCAUGAAAUCUCUAAAUUCUUCCAAUUUUUCAGUUUCCUUGCAGUAAUUCUGAGAAGAGAUAGGAAAUUAAGUUCCAUGAUAAUAUUAACGUCAUUUGCUAUUUCGAUUCCCAAAUAGUUGAAGGAUACCUCCGCCCAAUUAAAUUCAAAUCUCUGCCUAAGUGUUGCCUUUAUAUCCUGAGGGGUAUUCAUUAGUAGUGCAGUCGACUUAUUAACGUUAAUUUUAUAGCCUGAGUGUAAAGCAUAUUCAUCUAAGGUGUUAAAAAAAGCUGUAGAGGAGUUUAGAGGAUCUGCUAGGGUUAAUACAAUAUCAUCAGCAUACAUUGUUAGUUUGAUGCAAUCAUUUUUAAAAUUAAGGCCCUUUAUUGCCUCAUUUUUCCUUGUUGCUACAGCUAGGGCUUCUAUUGUCAUUAAAUAGAGAAGAGGUGAAAGCGGGCAGCCCUGUCUUGUCCCGUUUUUCAACGAAAAAAAAUCUGAGCUGAAUCCAGCUCACAUAACUCUUGCAGAAGGAGUUGAGUAUAGGGCCAUUAUUGCUUUUCUUAUAUUCCCCAAAAGGCCAAAGGUUUGUAGGACCGCGUCGAGGAAGUCCCACCUGACCCUGUCAAAUGCUUUCUCAGCAUCUAAAGACAGGAUCAGGAGGGAACAUUUCCUCGACUGGGCCCAAUCCACUACGUCUAUAAGACGUCUGACAUUAUAUACCGAAGAGCGUUUGGAAAUAAAGCCCACUUGGUCCCUAUGGAUUAUAUCCAUCAUAAUUCCAUUUAAUCUACUUGCCAUUAUUGAGGAAUAAAGUUUUAAAUCUUCAUUCAAUAACGAGAUAGGUCUAUAAUUAGUUAUUAACUCUGAAGACUUUUGUGGUUUAAGAAUAGGAACCAAAUUAGCUCUCAGCAUCUCCGGCGGGAUGUUACCUUUUAACAUAAACUCAUUAAAUGUAUCCCUCAGAAUAUUUGCUAAGUUUUCUUUCAUAGAUUUAUAAAAUUUAUUUGUGAAGCCAUCCGGGCCUGGAGACUUAGAAAUUUUCAGUCUAUCUAUGGCUUGGUUGACCUCUUCUAAAUUUAUAGGUUCAUUUAACUUUUGUAGUUGAAAUUUCGCUAUUUUUGGCAGAUUUAAAUUCUCUAAGUAAAGAGGGAUGUCUUUUUAAUGCUACUUGCAUAUGCAUGUUUUGAAACGAGAUCCCUCUGGCAUUUGGUACUUUAAUUGGCCAACAGCUGGCAGACAAGAGUUCUGGAUAGGAAUGGGAUAGGUUGCUUUAUUGGUACUGCCUGUUCUUGUUUGUAGCAGUAUUUUUUUUUUUGUGCCAAAGAGUGCCUGUCCACGUAAUGCAGAAAUGUUUCUCAUGGCGUCUCUGCCUUAUUAGGUAAAAGGAAGAUUGUUUACUUGAUUUUAUAGCAGUUGAAUAAUAUCCAGAAUAUUGUAUGGGUGUAGAGCUCUACUGAACUGAUAGAAGGGUAGUUCCUAGCCAUUGGUGCUGUUUGGUUUGUACUUUGCCUUUUGCAUUAUGUGCUCAAUGCUGCUGCGUGGUGUGAGAUGGUUUAAUUGACGGGUGUGACCUGUACACCAACACCUCUUCAUAAUGUUAAGCUGUUCUUGUGUCUACAGCUUCUCUUGUAGCUGCAUACUUCAUAUAUGGGGGAAAAUGAACAAGAUUAUGCACUAAAACAGGGGUCCGCAACCUAUUGCACCACACUCAAGGCUGUCAGAGCCAAACAGGGUUGUGCCUUUUAGGAGUCCCAGUGGUCCUUCAGAUAUCUCCUAGUGCAAACAGAGCGGUGAUUGCAGGUGGUGAGGGGAAAUCCUUGAUUUAUGCAUUACAGCACGUAGAAGAAGUAAUCUCAGAUGAAUUCCUUCCAACACAUGUGAACAGGAAUCUGAAAUGGAGUAGAGCAGCUCCUGCCAUGGAUCUGUACAAGGCCCCACUGGACCCCAGGGAAGCCACCCUCACUGCUACACAGCUGCAGUAGAAGCCUCAUUCUCAUACAAAUAAUACAAACAGCUCACACGCACAAUGUGACACAUGGACACACGCAGCCCCCAUACACAGCCCACAUUCAUAGGUCUCAUGCACAAUACCACAAACUACUCAUGAACAAAUACAAUGUAACAGCCCACAUACGCACAAAUACAACCCUACAAAUCAACUGCAGCACCCAUAAAUCGCACAAGCAGAAUACAGCAACAUGCAUUCCUCAAUUUAAAAUAGAAUUGGCACGCCAAGAGACUUCAAGAUCUUGUUUUGGCAUGGUACUACUAAAAGGUUGCCUACUCCUGCACUAAAAUGUCAGUUGUCAAGAAUUCAAAGUGACUUAUACAAUCUCAAAAUUGACUUGACUUAGAGAAUGCAUCUACUUCUAUCACUUUUGCCCUCUAAUUUUGAAAUAACUUGUAAUUGGAAUUAAGUCGGUGUGGUGAGCUGGAACCGACUUAGGGGUAGGCCUGUAAAAAGGGGGCCUCCCGAAAGACUGUAUAGGUAAGAGGGUGAGGUGAACAGCGCAAGCCUUGUCAAGGUAGGAAGGGGGGAGUAGCGUUUUUAUAGGAACGCUAAGUCCUCCCACAAAUACAGGCCUUCGGCCUUUCACUUGUGGUCGGUUAAUAUCGUGACCGUGAAAAACCUUGUAAUUGGAAUUACGUCGGUGUGGUGUGCCGGAACCGACGUAGGGGUAGGCCGGUAAAAAGGGGGCAAAAGAAAUGCAGGAAAACACACUUAUAAUAAGCAAGAUGUUCACAAUAUAAGAUACGAAUGCUUUACCUCUUCCCCCACUGUGGAAUGUAUCUGUAUAAAAUAGCUGAUUCCAAGUGAACUUAAUUUAUCAUGUGUGCUGGCGUCCUGCUACUGGAUGUGAUUGAUGCAGUCCUUAUUCUGAACAGAUUUCUUAAUUAAGAGGCAGGGUCCCAACCUGAUUUAAUGCAUAGAGUUACUUGUAGAAUCGACUUUUAAGAAGUUAGGGGAUUGCCUAGUGUAAGUGACUUAAUUUCUGGUUAGAAUGUUGGAGUGACAUGAGGUAGUGGCCGUACCUUUUGAAGUCUUUCUUGGUGAGACAUAAUGCCUGGCUGAUUAGCUUUAAUCGAUAAGUUCCUAGGACUCAGGAAGCCAAAGAAGGUUUAAUACAAUGAGGUAUACGACACGGUUGUGUAAUUCAAAUGCUGCCUAAUGAGUCUGACGAUCCCUGGAAUUUCCAUUGCGGGUUAUGUUAUUCGUGUGGUGAUGAAUCGAUUACUUAUACCUUUAAACCUUUGUUGAGUAAGCAUUUAAGGAAAAAGGAGUAUGGUUUGAAAAUGGCUGUCGUAAGGUGGUGCUGUAUGUCUGAAGGGGAAGAGUUUGAUAUUGUCUGAAAUAAUGAAGGGGCAAAAUGCGGCAAAUUAGACCCUAAUUUGAAUUGUACGCUUGUGGAUGUUGUAUUCCACUGAGAACCCUCGAAGAAUGUCCACAGUGCUAUUGUGUGUAAUGUAGUGUUAGCAGAUACGGCUAUUCGUGACAACUCGUUGCCGUGUGCCAGUAGCUAGGUUAGACCGGAUUAUAAUGUUGAAAUGUGGAGUUUGGGUUGGGUUGGGUGUUUGGCAGUUGGUGAGGAACGAAGAAUUCUUAACUAAUGACGGGGCAAAAGUGUUUGUGGCCAAUUUGGACUAGCCUGGGAUGCAUUCCUAAUAGAGGAAGAGCUGAAAGUGUCAGGCAACCAGGAAAGCCCGCAAACUAUCCUCAUAAUGGUCAAUGAACCUGUAUGAAAUGGCAGUCUGCGGCAUAAUAUCUGUAUAACCUUUGACUGCCAUGCCCUACCAGGAUUCUCUAUGCGAAUGCUGUCACCAUAUAUCGGGUAAUUCGACUAAGGCCGGUGUUUCGUAAAGAUGGUAGUCCAAGACUCUUACCCAGCAAUCCCCAAUCAAUAGUUUGUAGAUUGCUGUAACCCAGUAUUAGCAGUCGCUUCUGUAUGAGAGACUGGGAAUUUGACAGAUCCUGGCGGGAUGAACAUAGAAGCCCCAAUCCCGGGUUCUAACGACUCUUACCACAUGACCAGGUUUGUCCUUGCCAGGGGAUCUGAAUCUCAAUAUCUCAGUCAGGCAGACCCGGUAAUAAGCGUAACCGUAACUGAAUGAUCUCAAUAGAGGGAUAAUGUGCAUAGUGAAGUUCCAAGAACCCAGCAAUGAUUUGCCGGUGUUCCAGUUAUGAGUUCCUAGCUGAAGGAACCUGUUUCGUCUUCACGAAUGCGCACUAGUUCUCCUCUGGGAGAUUUGACUGUAUGGUACCUGAAUUCAGUAUGAACCUAUGAAAUCAAGUCCGGUGGUGGUUUAUUAGUUUGUCUCAUGACAGAGGAGUGCCUAGAGUUUAACCGUGCUGUAGUGUACUUUAUCCUUGUAUUAGUGCAGUUUCUAUUCCACUAUUAAGAAAUCUACUAGGUAAUGUAUCGCCGUGAUGCACCUAGUGAUAAUGAGGGGUAGCUAGUGAGCCUUUGUAAAUGCAUCAAAUAUUUCCCUGCUAUUCCCACCAAAGUGAGUCUGUUAGUAAAGCAAAACUUCACAGACCACUUACCCCCAUGAACAUACCAUGGGGGGGACGGAUGACUAGCAACAGGAAGGUGUUGGAGAGAUCGGUCUUACUGUGCCAUGUGGUUUACCUGCCCCUCAUAAUUACUUGUAUCUGCUGUGACAUAGUGUAGAGAGUAUUAUGUGGAUAAUAUAAGGGUGUUAAGUAUGAGUUGUGGAUAAAUGAGCAGACAGAUCAAUGGUGAGGUAUUGUUUAGGAGUAUUGCUGGUGGUCUACAGUAUAUGGCAUGUACCUAGCUGAGGAGAUUGGUGUCUACAGGGAGUGACCUCAACCAAGUAUGGGACCCGUGUGUAAUUAUUUCCAAGCGCGAGGACAGACCUAAGUAGAUCGACCACUCUUAUUUACCUUGUAUAUAUGACAUUCAACUUUUACGGGUAUAUGGCUUGCCAUGAGUCCCAAGGCAUCUGAUGCAUGCGCAACAAUCUGUAUUCACUAGAAUUAUAUAUUCUUGUGAUAAAAUUACUACGAAUUAGUGGGUGGGUACUCAGAUAGUGAGGGGGGAGAUGCAUGGGGCCUACCCUGUGAGUUGGCGGGAGUAAGUGUUUGUGCAAACCCUCUUGGGGAUAGUUCGGAAUCUAAAAGAGCCUGGCGUGUAUGAUAAUAGAGGUAUGCUGAGGGCAGCAGGCCUAGUGGGGGUGUAUGGCUUAGCGGUUGCGCUAGGGAGGGACGGUUCUUCUCCUGUUGUUGGCUUCAUGGGACAUGCUGAAAAAGAAAAAAACACAACAAUGAACUGAUCAAUAAAAUACAGUUGAGUUUGGGGGCGUGUCCUGACCGCGCAUGUGAGCGGACGUGCAGGAACGGUGCUCUCCCGACCCGCGGCAAUAAAGCGGCUUCAACAGCGUGGAAAACCCCUAGAAACGAGCGAUAACCCUCUGCACCCUCAGGUGAACACCUCUGCCCCUGAUGGCAACCAAAAAAUUCAAACAAAAAACCCUCAAUCCCCACUUAGAAUGGUCACAAACCGCGGAGCCGAAAAUCCAAGAUGGCGCCGACGGACGGCACUCGCCUGCACACAGCACUGAUACAGGAGACUGCCUGUCAGAGCACAGCAAUCCUGCAACAGAUGCCUCAAUCAGGCUAAUUAUGCAGGAGCUCCACACCUCAUUUAAGGCUGACCUCCUUCAGAUGACCGCUGACAUCAAGGCAGACAUACAGAGCAUGGGAGAGCGCACCACACGCCUGGAAGACAGGGCAGACGAGCUGGUGGAGGCACAUAACACAAUAACAGAGGCCUACACAGACUUGGAGCGCAAACUUAAAUCCUUAGAAGAGAAGGUGGCCGAUCAAGAAGACAGGAGCAGACGGAAUAAUAUCCGUAUAAGGGGUAUACCAGAGACCAUUUCACAACAAGACUUAUCCAGAUACGUCAAAGACCUGUUUAAAACUCUGAUCCCCUCUUUGUCUGAAUUCGACUUGAUCCUGGACAGGACCCACAGACUACCGAAACCCAAGCAUCUCCCACCUGACACUGCAAGAGACACGAUCACGAGAGUACACCACUUCACUGUCAAGGACAGAAUUAUGCAGACUUCCAGAACCAUAACCAAAUGGCCAGAAUUGUAUAAAGAUAUCAAGCUGUUCACUGAUCUCUCCUCGGUGACCAUGCUCAAACGCCGAGCUUUCGCACCAAUCACAGAAGCACUGCGUAACGCAGAUAUCCCCUACAAGUGGGGCUUUCCUACGAAGCUACUAAUUAAAAGAAAUGGCGUGGACAAGCCCAUCAUGACUCCAGAAGACGGCAAAAAGGCGCUUCAGGAAUGGAAUAUACCCUUCCUACCUACUAGACCCAGGAAGAAACAAAUAACGGCCCAUGCACCAAAGGCGUUGUCCAAAGACUGGUCACGAAUCCACAGGGCCCCCCAGGCACGCAUGGACUCGAACAAGUCACCGACCUGAACGAUCCGGGGCCAGAACCGCAUCACGCCUUCCACUGAAUGAACUGAACGUACAGGUUUAUAAUGUUUUGUUAUAUGUUAUAAUGCAAGUUCACCUAAGAUACCCAAUAAGGGUUUAACCAAAGGCCACAGGCCUAGCCGCAACGGGUGAGCAAUACCCGACGGCACUACAUUCGACCCAAGUUAUUGUUGAUCCCCUACACAUAGGGAUCCAGUUACCACAUCAGUGUGGUACACCCCCGAGGUUCUAGUAACCCAACUUUUCCGUUGCUUUAAGCAACCAAAUGUCACCAAACCGUGACUUACGGAAUUUUGUAUAUAGUUUAUCCCCCUGUUCUCCCUUUCCCCUCCACACCACCCCCCUGCUGAGAGUACUCCGCAAACUCAGCAUAAUUGAUACACACGGUUGCAAACUACCUAGAUCUCCCAGGUAUACAAACCCCACAGGUUUCCUCCGAGACCGCCGAGUUAGAGUAACCAAUAGCUCGAUUAAGAAACACAAACCCCUGCCACAGCAUCCACCACGUUGGAAAGAUGGUGAUUAAGCUCAUGUCCCUAAACGCCAAAGGGCUUAACUCUCCUAAUAAGCGGAGGCUAGCCUUGCAAGAGGCGAAAAAAUGUGGGGCACAAAUGGCAUUUUUCCAAGAGACCCAUUUUAAAUGGAACUCUAGACCCAAAUUUACCUCAAAAUGGUACCCUCACGAUUUCCAUACAUGUUACUCAGCGAAGAAAAGAGGAGUCUCCACAAUGAUCAGCAAAGAUGUGGCCUUCUCCUUAGUUAGGAAAAUUAGUGACAAAAAAAGGUCGAUAUUUAAUUCUACAAUGUAUGUUGAAUAAUGCACCGUAUACUCUGAUUAAUGUAUAUAGCCCUAAUGAAAACCAAAACGAGUUCUUGCAAAUGAUCUUGGCCCUAACUGAUAUGUAUAGACACGGGGAGGUGAUUAUUGGAGGCGACAUGAACUGCCUAUUAGAUAGCAGAUUAGACUCCUCCACCACAGCCCAAAUCAAGAAUUGCACACUCAGACACAGAACCACGUUAACCACAAAAAUAUGCUCCACACUGACUGCAGCUCGCAUGGUAGACCCAUGGCGCAUUCUACAUCCCACAGAUAUAGAUCACACAUGCUAUACAGCAGCCCACAACAGCUAUUCUCGGAUAGAUAGAUUCCUCAUACCCACCACGUUGAUGGCCCAAAUAGAAGGAGCAACAAUUGGGGUAAUGACGUGGUCAGACCAUGCUCCCAUUACACUUAGCAUUAAAGAAGCGUUUAACAAUAAAGGAUCUGGCUCCUGGAGACUUAAUGAAUCUCUUUUAACAGACCCUGCAAUAAUAUCCCAGAUCACGACAGAUCUACAACACUAUAUAGCAGAAAACACGACCGCUGACUCCGCAAUCGAACACAUUUGGUUAGCACAUAAGGCGGUCAUACGAGGCAGUUUUAUAAAACAUGCCAGCUAUGCUAAAAAGCAGAGAAUGGCCGAAUACACCAAUCUCUUGGAAGAAAUCCGAACUCUAACACAUUCAAACAAAAGAGACCCAAAACCAACCACAAAAACAAAACUCCUAGCUCUCCAAAACAAACUGAACAACAUUGAGCUAACCAAAACAACUUACCUACUCAGGAAAUUGAAACACAAUUUCUUUACGAGUGGCAACAAAGCUGGUGCACUAUUGGCAUCACAACUGAAAAAGAGGAAUGUCGCCUCCAGAAUCGCCUUCCUAAACAACCCCAAGGGCAUAAAAGUAACGAACCCCCAAAAUAUUGUAGACCAAUUCGCUCAAUACUACGGCGAAUUAUACAACCUCAACCAGGACCCCAAUGUACACAUACCGACCCCAGACAAAAUAGAUGACUUCCUAGCUGCCUUAGAUCUUCCCAAACUGACAGAAGACGACCUAGCACCCCUAACAAGACCCUUCUCUCUAGACGAACUCACGAAAGCCAUCUCUCAACUCCCAGCACACAAAUCACCGGGCCCUGAUGGCUUAACAAAUGAAUACUAUAAAACUUUCUCACCAACCAUAGCGCCACUGCUCCUCCAAUUAGUUAACAAAUGCGCUACAACAGGUGCGCUCCCAGAAGAAAUGCUCUUGGCACAUAUCUCCACUCUCCCCAAACCCGGCAAACCCCCUACACAAUGCAAAAACUUCCGGCCUAUAUCCCUUCUAAAUGGAGAUGCCAAGCUAUACGCGAAGCUCCUCAGCAACCGGCUCGCCCCCCUCCUGCAUAAAAUAAUCCACAAUGACCAAUCUGGGUUCAUCAGGGGCCGCCAAGGCUCAGAUAACACCAGAAAAAUUUUAAACAUGAUCUCCACGUUGGAGUCCAACAGAUCAUCAGGCCUCCUCCUCGCCCUAGACGCGGAGAAGGCCUUUGAUCGUCUAAAUUGGGCCUAUAUGACAAAAGUACUAGCACAAUUUAACUUUCCAGAAUCUACCAUAAAUAGCAUCAUGGCUUUAUACCACCGUCCAGCAGCGAAAGUAUCGCAUGGAGGGUUCCUCUCUACGGCAUUCUCCAUCACCAAUGGCACCCGCCAGGGAUGCCCCUUAUCGCCCCUUCUGUACAUACUUGCUCUAGAACCCCUGGCACAAAAGAUCCGAACACACCCCGAGAUACUAGGAGUCAAUAUCCGCAACAAAAUGUACAGCCUAGCUUUGUUUGCCGACGACAUAUUUAUAGCAUUGUCGGAUCCACAAAAUUCUCUACCCACCCUGUUGAACCUCCUACAGGAAUUUGGCAAUAUUUCUUACUACCGCCUCAACCAAGACAAAACCCAAGCUCUACCAAUAAACCUGCCAAAACCCUUGCUGGACACACUCCAGACCUCAUACCAGUUCGACUGGAAAUCACACUCCCUCACAUACCUGGGAAUAAAGAUAGCACCCACGAUUUCUGCCACUACACAACUAAACUACAAACCUCUAAUUACACUAUGUAAAGCGGAAAUUAACAGAUGGAAACACGCAAAAAUCUCAUGGUUGGGAAGAAUUAACACGUACAAAAUGAUGAUCCUCCCACGUAUCCUUUAUAUCUUUAGGAUGAUACCGUUAGGGAUCACGCCCCAAUUUUGUAAGGCACUACAAAAAUUAUGUGGCGCUUAUAUUUGGAGCGGGAAAAGACCCCGGGUGUCCCUAGCACUCCUUCAGACUGCCCCACGACAUGGAGGAGUGGGUCUCCCAAACCUGAGACAAUACCAUAGAGCAGCGAUCCUCUCCACAGGCAUACUCCUUCAUGCUACACCAGGCACAUUACAAUGGGUAGACAUGGAAAGAACACAAUUUACAAGCAUGUCUCUAACCGACUACCUAUGGACACCAUGGAAGUUUAGAAUUAAACGCACAGACCUGUUCCCAACCACACAACUCACAAUAUCCGUAUGGGACACCUUUAUGGAGACAAUAGGUCACAAGGAUACACUACACACAAAAUCUCCACUUUCAGUCCUGAGAACAAUAGUACCUAACAUCCCCUCAAAGACUGGAACACGGCGGGAGUGGCAACAAUAUCACAGCUCUUGGACGCCAAAGGCGUACUACCAUUCCCAAUACUACAAGCAAAGUGGCAACUCCCAAACAGGGCUAUCUUUUCCUAUCUACAACUAAAAAGCGUGAUUCAAACACACACACCCCCAAUACAUCCAACACCAGCUGCGACUAGACUCACCUCUCACUUACUCCUAGACAGAUGUUGGGUAGCACCCACAAAACCCAAAGCACUCACGCUAUGUUACAAGGCAUGGCAGGAACUCUCAACACCCACAUCACACCCCUACAAACCCCACUGGGAGACAGACUGCGGGACAGCACUGACAGACUGCGACUGGCUACGCGCCCUCAACGGUCUCUCUAAAUGGACCAAGUGCUAUACGCACAUCGAGGCCCACAAAAAACUCCUCUACCGUUGGUACAUGACACCACAGAGACUCCACCGUAUAUACCCCAAUACGCCCAACACUUGCUGGCGGUGCAACGCAACUACAGGGACCUUGGAACAUUUAUGGUGGUCUUGCGGUAGUAUCCAACCACUUUGGACCGCCGUGUCACAGACACUAGACCAACUUCACAUCCCUAAAUUCCAACUGUCAAAAACAUCAUGCCUCCUGCUCCUACUCCCAACCAACCUCACCCUAAUACAAAAACAGAUUGCAGCCCUUACAAUACUGGCGGCAAGGAACUUGCUAGCACUACAUUGGAAAUCACAGUCCUGCCCAUCCUUAGCCCAACUCCAAACCAAACUCACCCAAUACAAAAUCUACGAAAGAAUGGCAAUAAUAUCCCCCCCAAAAAAACUUGCAUUUGAUAUGGGUUGGGGGAAUUGGGAGGGGGCGGUGGACGAGGAGGGAGGUAUACCCGGGCCAGACCCUGUUCUCCAAUGAGGGCAAGACUCAUACAGGACACGAACAAUGCUUAUACCACAUUCUAUCAGUACUCUCCAUCACUCCCCCACUCCCCUUCAUCCCCCCCGCCCACCCCUCCGGGCUCUACCGGCCCUCCCCCUCCCGUCCCCUACCAAGUUUGCGCCCUACCACUAGGGCUACCCACUGAUACACCAACAUACUCAUCAAAAAUGAGGCAUAACUCCGGUACUUCCUAACCCGCACACCUGGGACUAACUAGUGCACGAACCAUCAUAGGCUAAACAGCCUACAAUCAUAACUACGUCGACUGAGCAGACUAUUCAUGCACACAACCAUGGUUACGAGAGGAUUCCCUGGUAUGGCUCUCACCCCAGAGCCAAACCACAUGGACACUUAGGCGAUAGCGUAUACAACCCAACGAAUUAACAGCCUACGCAUAUACUUAAUUUACUAUGACGAAAUGCAUGCAUGUACCAAUCCCCCCAUGUAUUCACUCAGGUUCCGCAAAAUUUCUGUGAACGUGAUGUUUAUGUCAAAUACUAUAACACUGUAUCCCCCCGCUAACAUACCCUUUUUUCCUUCUGUACCCCUGACCACAUAUUGAAGAUAUAAUAAAAUACAAAUUUGAAAAAAUACAGUUGAGUUUAUGUAGAACUGGCUGGCUAACUACCGGUAGUGCCGAAGCGAAAAGCUAUCUACCCCAUGACAGGUGAGGCCCUGCUAGUUGCCAAGCGGCUGGUGAGAGGUUCUACCUAUGAUUUGGGCGUGGGACUCGAGCCACUAGCGUGGUGGCGGGGUGUCGGCCUCUCUGUGACAGUAAAAGACCAAAAACAUGUGGCCGUGACUAUAAACCCGAUAGGUGGGUGAAUGCGAGGCUCUAACUAUAAUUUGGGCCGAGGGGCGAAAAUCUCUGUGUUGAGAUUGGGGAGUUGGACUCGCGGGACCAGCUACUUUGUACAACUAAGGCCAGUUCUCUGAUUCUAGACGGGGCCUUGAUGAGGAGGUAAUGUAACGUAUUUAGUGACACCCAAGUUGUGGUUUGUAAAAGUACCUUUGUACCCAGAACUGCACAGAUUAUAUAGAUGUGGCUGAGAGAGAGAGAGAGAUUAAAAUUAUUUUUUUUUUAAAGCCUCCUAGAAAUCAAGUGCCAAGGGGAGUUAUUCUCAAUGCACCAUAAAUCCAUUAGCUCACCAAAUCAUGGAACAUAUUUUACGAGGGGGGAAAUACUCCAAGCACCCUAAAUCUUCACUCUCUUCCCCUACAUUUUAAUUAGGGAUUUAACUUCAUAAUCUGUACAAAUAUUUGGAAACCUUACAAUCCUAGGAGAAUUGACAAUCAUGGUCAAUUCUCCUGUGCCAAAUUGCGGCAGCGAAGGUGCCGGAAGAUCAACUUGGCCUGUAUCUCCACUUCAGAACGAGGUUGAGGUGUCCUUUUAAGAAGCAAGAUCACAUUGUAGAAUUAUUUUCUGUUUUAUUUAUUUUUAUUUUUUUUGCACUAUUUAAAUUUUUUAUAAUUCUGAAAAUAUAAUACUUAAUGCACACAUUCAAGUUCAUUACUAUAAGUUAUUUUAUUUUUCUUCUUUGCAGUGUUAACGUCACUCCAGCUCCCAAAGAAUUGGUUAUCCCCCUUAUCCAUAAAAACAGAUGGUCCCUCACGAAGACGCAGGAGAAAUCACAGGACAGUGGACCUCAGACAGCAGAAGACAAUGUGUUAUCUCAAGCUGUGCAGGAGUUGAUAGAAGGUGAAUACCCUGUAUUUAUAACUGACUCGUAACAUGCAAAAAACACUCUACAUUUUAUUCUCUAAAUAUUGAAUUUUAAUCAACUGAAAAUCAAUUUGCAAAUGUUAAGCCAAAACAGCAUAUUUGGGUAAAUCCCUGACUCAAUUACAGUCUCACCUCGGCUGUUUUAGUCUGAGUUUUGCAAUUUGGUUUUCUUUCGCCACAAAUUUUCUCAUUAGUGAAUAAACCCCACAGUGUUUGUUCUGCUUCUAUCAAUCAAAAUGACUUUGCCAGUUUUGCAUAAAUUCAAAAUGGUGUUCUGUGGCUGUUCCUGUUCUUCAAAUGAAAAUGAAUACUUUGUGUCUAACACAUGUGAUUGACAGAGGAAACAAAUGACUGCUCGAACAAAGAUUUCAAAGAUUGUCAACUGUCAAAGCAAUCAAUUUUUUUGUGCUUUAUACUGAUUGGAAUUAAAAUGGGCAUGCACAAAUAAAUCUGAUAAUAAAAAUAUGAAUAUGCAGUCAUUUCAGGCUAGUGCAACUAUUUGUGUAGGGAUAGACUUAUAUUGACUGUGGUUUUUGCAUAGGGAACCUUUGCAAGGAAUCAUGUUGGUGCCACGUAAUGGCAAUACUAGUAAAUGUUCAAAGUAGGUGCAAAAUGUGUCUUCUUGCUCUAGUUCGUGGAAUAUGGCCUUUGAAACAACAUAUUAAAAAAAAAUAAAAAAUCAAUCAAUAAAGUAAAAGUUCAGUAAAAGGUGCAUUCAAAAAUGAAAUAGUGGGCGGAGUCUGGCUUCCAUGCGGGGCAGACGUGUGGACCUCGAGCUCCCAGGCUUUUCUAACUUCUUGGGGUGACAACCCUGAUCGCUCGACUACCAUUUGCCAUUGGAGGGCAUUAUCUUGAAGCUGGGCUCCUGUGCCACACACAGGCACCUGAAUCUAGCCUGUAACCCUUUGGAGCCCUGAGCCAUGCUGCUGCGGCCUACUAAGCGAAGGCUGGGUAGAGGCGGCCGAUCUCCCUGCUUUUAAAACCUCAGUUUGGUUUGGCGGCGAUCCAACGGACCGGCAGGGGAUAUCCCUGUCCCCACUGGACAUUCUGGGGCUACAAGCACUGCUCCUACCUUCUGCCACAAAUAAACACACUGAGGAAAGUGUGGUGCACCAAGCCACAAGAUGGCGACUGGCGGUUCUGGCGGAAAAUCCUUGAGCGUGAGCAGGUUUCCCUGGCUGAGUGGGAAAUCGCUCCUGGGAGCGAUGAGAAGCCGGAGUGGAACAGGCCUCCUUCAGACAAAGUGCACAAGCAAGGGUAUAUCCAAUUAUCUACUCUCACAUCCGGGCAAAGAGCCCCUAGAGGCACUGGCUCCAAGCAUCACUCACUGAAGUGGAGGAUCACCCCCCGCCGAAAAAGGCGCACACCACCUAGACCCUCUGCUUACACUGGGAGAAGGAAUGACUUGGUUCCAGAGACUAUCAGAGUCUGUGAAAUAAUGAAGCUUGCUCUCACUCAGGCCUGGGGUGGAAAGGGAGCCCUGAAGUUAUACACUUGUGCUGCAACCUACCUGAACUCUCCUGCCACUGGUGGGGAUCGGAUGAUCCAGAUACUGGAACUGCAGCCUGAGCUCCACUCCCAGGAUGGCGGUUGCUGUGAUCUCUUACUGGUUUUCAAUCUUUAAAAUAUGCCUCCCUGCUUGAAAUGGUGUAAUAUAUUAUUUAGUUUUUUUUAAAGUUUUUUACACUUUCUCCCUCUCCUGCCACAAGGGGGGUGUUUAUUACUCUAAUAUUGGGGUGCCCUGAAGUCCAGUGGUCCCAUAACACUAUCUGAAAAUCUACGGUUUAUGCCAGAUUUUAUUUUUGCCUUGGUAUCUCAUGCCAUUCCUCUUUCUGCAAUGUGCCACUAUUUGACACCAUUCAUGAUUUCCUGUGCUUAGAUUGAGCCUAUCUGAAUAGCUUAGCUUGAUAACUCGCUGUGUAUUCUUUAACCUCUACAAAUUGUCUGUAUGCUGCACAGGCUAAGAUCUGUCAUCUAGCUUAGUGGUAUAUGCAGGAACAAAGUUCAUCUUAAUUUACCUGUUUUAUUAACUUUACUUUUACAAUUGUACGUUUCAAACCGGAUCUCUUACCUUGACACAAUCUCACAAGACCUAGCCUGAUCAUAUAAUAUAAAAUUGUGCUGAUUACCCGCAUGCCAUGUCAAAUCUACUGUUCUUAAUAAGCUUGCCAAUGCUGUUGUGGCAUUGCAGGAUUACAUGUUGUUUGUAUUCACAUGCACAAAGAAAAUAAAGAAUUUAAAAAAAAAAUGAAAAAUAGUAAAUGAAUAAAUCUCAGAAUCGAAGGAAACCUGAUCAUAGAACAACAAAUAAUACCAGUAGCGGGUUCAAACUUCAGUACAAUCUAUAUGGCAGUCAGCUGAAUUGGGAUAUCAUCAGUGUCAAAGAUCAACUGUUUGAUUAGUCCUUGGUAUCUAUGGGCAGAUCUCAAAGUAUUGUCUGAUACCUUUUAUUUCACAAAGGCAAAACAAAAAUAUAUAUAUUUUAAAAAGGGGUUAAUUUGACCUCUUUUUCAUUAACAUUCACUUGUUUAUAACUGGAGAACGUAUACAUUUAGAGGUUGAUAUUUACAUUGAAACAGUGUGUUGGUUUAUGCUUGUUUUUCUUUUUCCAUGAUAGUUAAAGAUGUACUCCUGUUGUUUAAUCCAUUCUCUUUGUUCUAGAAUCUCGCCAAGCCCUGGAGAAUGGCACUGAUGUUGAACAAACGUCCAGCAUCCCACUCCUCAUGCAGAACAGAGUCCCUGAUGGUUAUGAAGACGGAGAGAAAGUGGACGUUCGUCUCCGGCCCGAAUCUGUAAGUCCUCAUGCUGAAAACCAUUUAAAACCAGGUCGUUUUUGCAUUUAUUAAUUUCAGGACUAUGUGGAUUAAGGCACACCUGCAGCAAUUAUGCUCUAAAGUGCUAUCAACAUAGUAACCAUGCAGUUUUUGCUCAAACGUUAAGUCUGCUACAGCGACUCCACUUUGCAAGAGCAAGGUGCACUAAAUACUGUGUGAUGGGCAUUGUUCCACCAUACAGCCAUUAUUUUUACAUUCUGGCGACAUUUUUAGGAACCUGCAUUUCCCGAAAUUAAAUUUAUUUUUAAAUACUUAUAAAUAGAACAUUCGAUCACUUGUUUUUAAAUUCUGUAUUAAGUUAUUUUCACCUCUUGCAUGUAGCAAAAUGGUACUACUGGUUCUACACCACCCUGUCUGAAAUAUUGCAAGAUAAAGAAUACCAUAUAACUUUAAGAAAUGUUUAUUAUGCUACAUUUAAUAGUCCUCUUUCUUUAGAUCAGUGUAUAGAUCAAGCUUGCCCUUUUUGUACGUUUACUGAUGUAAUUUGGCUCUUGUUUAUAUUUUGUUUGGUUUCCUUUAAAUUUAAAAAAAAAAAUUCAUAAACUUUAUUCAACUCUUCCAGGCCGAGGCUGCAGACUAUGAGGUCGUGCCUGUGGAGCAUUAUGGGAUGGCAAUGCUACGAGGCAUGGGCUGGAAAGAGGGAGAGGGAAUUGGCAGAACCUUUAAACAGUGAGUGUAAGCUCUGUAGGCUGCAGGAAAGCAUUGUGUUUGUAACUGGAUGUGACAUGUACUCUCAGCACACAGCAUGGAGUUCCUGAUAUGGCUGCCAUCUUUACACUGAUUUAUCUUUAAGGGACACUCCAGACACCAUAAUCAUUACUGCUUAUUGUAGUGCUUGUGGUGAUAUGUAGCGACUGUGGCUGCUGUUUGUCUAUUAUUUUUUUGUUCCCCUUCCCCCACCCCCCCAACUAUUUGGAAUUAUAAUUAGUAAAUCGACCUCUUCAUUAUUACAUCAGUGGUAGAGGGGUUGGGGUUUGAGUGCUUGAAAAUUAUUUAAAAAAUAAAUAAAUAAUGGGAUGGAACACAUUGCCUAAUACACCAUAACCACUCCUAUAAGUUCUAGUGGUUAUGUUCCUUUGUGUCCACUUACAUAGGAACUGUGUGGCCCCAGGAACAAGUACAAAUUACCAAUAUUCCAAACCCGGAAGCCUGACUGUAUUCACAAUAACCAAAUCCUCAUCAUGGGUGACAUGACCUAUAGUCGUCAUGUCACAGCUUCCUAGAAGUCAUUUCAGCUAAAGUCUUCAUGCGUUACCUUUAUUAAUGUCCUCAGUAAUUUUUUUAGCGCAUGGUGUAACAUAUUUGUAGAUUUGUUUCCAUAUGCUGCAUUGAUAAGUGUCGGUCACGAACUAAGCUAAAAUAUUGGCUUUUGUUUUCUUGGUGACAACUCCUCCCGUAAUGCACGUCACUUGAGCUUUCUGCCCCGGACAGAACCCGGCAGUCUCUAAGAUUGAUUUGCUGAUGAAAAUAAAUGUGCCAAUAUUCCUAAAAAUUAAGCUUUCAUUCUGGAAAGUGAUAUAUUCUUUUCCCUGCAAGAGAUGGUUUUUCAGUGCAUAUGUGUUGGACCUACAAUUAUUACUUGUACAGGAAGCAGUGUUAUCUUACAAAAGUUCAAUACAAAUGCACUAAAAUAGUGAGUAGAUAUAUUGAGUAGAUAAAGUGAUGCAUCUUUUUCCAGAUUGAAUCUCACAGAAUUUCAGUUUGCACGAUAAAAACCAGGAAUAAAUCUCUAAAUAUAGACUAUAACAUGCAUCUGUCUCUGUAGAAAUAUUUAAACUAUUCAAUGUAUUGUGUACACAUAAGGAAGUAUAGCAGUAGUUUUGAAUCAAACUCAGACCUAUUCUAAUGCAUUGCCAUUUGACCUACGAGAACAGCUUAACAGGAGUAUAUCAUGCCUUAACUAUGUGUGGUAUCUGAGGAAUACUGUGUACAAAACACAUUCAGCCUCCACAUUCUGUGUUAGAUUAGCCAUGCUGUUUUCACUUUGUUUACUGAUGCAUACUGACUAUGGGUGUAUGGCAUUCAUAAUUAGUUUUUAACCAUUUUCCGAAAAUAACUCUUCAAAACUCUUUCAAAAUGUAUCUUCACUACUCCAUAGAAAGAAUUGAAACAGUUUGGUGGGAUACAUAUUUAUUAUUAUUUAAAUGUAUUAUAAAUCAUCUUUGGUACUAAAAUCUUUUCUAGGGAUGUUAAACCAUUAGAACAGAAACUAAGACCCAAAGGCCUUGGAUUAGGAGCCGACCGGUCUGCUCUGAAUGCCCUUGAGCCACAGAAGCCACGCAGGCCUCCGAAACCUGGGGAGGAACCAGAAGAGGAGGUAAAAGGCCUAGGGCCAGGAAGUGCAGUGGAGAUCCAGAGUGGCGCACACAAAGAUCUAUAUGGGAAGGUAGGAUCCAGUUCCUUGUUAAAUAAUCUGAAAGCUCACAUUAAUUUUACUUUGGUCUUAUACACUUCUGCAACACCUUACGAUCACUGUGAUUUGUCAUAGGUGGAGGGAAUCGACACAGACAAUGCCAGAGCUAUGGUGAAGCUUGCCAUUGGUGGGAAUAUGGUGACCGUGUCUCAGUUUGCAUUACGAUUGGUCGGCAGUGCGGAAUACAAAACAAAUGCAAAGGAUUUAAGUGAGUGAGACUUUGACAAGCUUAUAAUAUGUUAUCCUGAUGGGCAUGUGUAAGUAGCAAUAAAAAUUUUGAAUGUCCUAACUUUCUGUGGUUGCCUGCACACACCCAUAAUGCAAUUUAAGUUCUAUCAAUAAACAAAGUUAGCAUGGUUUAGUAUUAAUGAAAUCUGAAAACUUGCAUAAUACAAGAUCACAAGACAGGCCUUCAUGAGCACACAUGACCAUUAAGACAUCACACUAAAAUUUAAACAGAGCUAACCCUUUGGGUUCUUAAAAGUUUAAAUGUGUUGGUUCCACACCCCAACUCUGGCUUGUGAUAUGAGAGAUUUUUUUUGAACUAAGAAAACAGUUGACUACUAAAUCCCUGCAUUUUGCAUGGUUUAUGAAAGGCUAAUUUGGUUACCAAGAUACAUAUUUACAAAAGGGUUACUGAUUUACAUGAGUACUGCAAAUGGGUGGAUCAAAUCCUGCUCUGUGCCACAUCAUUGAGAGAUUUGCAGAUUGAGGGAAAUAUGAGUGUAGGAGCCAUGGGUUGGUAAAUGUCAUAGGUAGCUUUUUUUUAAAUUUUUUUUUUAUUUUUUUUAUAUGUAUUGUUUGUUUUUUAGGAAAAUAAACCUUUUACAUUUUUCCAUUAGGAUAAGCCAAGCAGUUGGGACUUCAUUUCACUCACCCAGCCCACAGCAAUUCCAAUAAGGCUGGUUCUGCCUGCCAGAACAUACUCUGUGCAACAAACAGAAGGGAAUGUUCCCCAUCCAAUAUCCUUAAAAUCAAAGACUUUUUUUAUUUCCAUUUUUUUUUUUUUUAUGCAAAAAAAAGGAAAUGGUGUAAAGGCACACAACGCACGUAUUACUUUUUCAGUAUAGAACUUUAUCAAAAUUCUGAUAUGGCUGCCAUCUUUACACUGAUUUGUCUUAAAGGGACAUCUAAACACAUUCAUCACUGCUACUUAUUGUAAUGCUUGUGGUGAUAUGUAGUGGCUGUGGCUGCUGUUCCUCUAUUAUUUUGUGUUUCUUUUCAAGAUUUCAUGGCUCUAGACAGAGUACUAUACUGCUGUUCACAUUUUUAGCAAGAUGGAAGUUAAGGUAAUUGAUUUUGUGGAUAUUGGAUGCUGACCGUUCCCUUGAACGAUAAAUAAAAAAUGAUUUUUAAAAGGUACCUUGCAGCUCCUUUAAAUCCCCAGGCUGCAGUAUACGAUGUCCAGAACAUGUCUCUGGGCCGAGGGAUUUCGGCAAGUUGUUGCAGGCUGUUGUGCAGGAGACCUUCUCGCACUGUAACCCAUAGAAAAAGAAAGUUUUAAUGUAGUAUAGUGAUCCUUAAAAAGUGGGAGAACUAAAAAAAAAAAACAAAAAAAACAGAAAUUUGUAUUUUAUUUUUUAUUGAUAUUUACUGUAGCGGUACAUAAAUCAGAUAAGGACACUUGCAUAUAGUAUAGCUUGAGAAUUACAAUGAUCACAAAAUUAGCAAGUCGGACUUAAUGUAAUACAAUACCACAUUUCCUCCAUUACUCUGUUUUCCACUUUGUGAAUCCAGUCCCUUAUGGAAGGGGUGGGGGGGUUGCCUUUUUUCCAAAAGGUAGCCAUCAGCUGGUUUGCUGUGAUGAGGAGGUGGGCAAUCAGGGGGAUGAGGGUUUUGGAGAGGUGUGUAGUAGCAGUAGCAAUAUAUAGAGGUUUGAGUCCUUGAUCUUGCAUCAUGUAUGGUUUGCCUUUUUUAUUCCCCCAAUUAUUCUACCUGUUGAAGAAUUAGCAAUGCCAUCUACCAUACACACAUAUAAUUGUAAAAGGGGGAAAACCCACAAACCUAGUGAACUUGAUGAUCCACAAUAACAGAAGGAUAUUUCAUCGAAACACAAAAUUAUAUAAAAAUAUAUAAAGCAAAGCGAUGGCAGAUCUAUUUAUAAAUGAAUAAGCUCAGACGAUGUAUUAGUGCAGACAGUAUUGUUAAUGAAAACAAUUCCCAUGUCUCUAAAGGUCGGUUAAGUAAAGCCAAGCAGCAGAAGGAUCUCCAAGAAGCAAAAGAAGAUAAACACAAGGGAAGAUCAACAGAGCGAGGGGGGAAUGAACACAGGGAGAGAAAUCAAAAUGGAGACAGCAGUAACAAAGACAAGCGACAGAAAAUGAGGAGUCCAGACCGUGAGAAAGAAAAGAAGAAAGCCAAGAAGGAACCGCAAAGGUGCAGUCAAAUUCUGAUAACCCCUUAAGGACACAUGACGGUAAUAUUCCGUCAUGAUUCCCUUUUAUUCCAGAAGUUGUGUCCUUAAGGGGAUAAGAUAUAGUUGGCCCAUUCUAUUCACAAUUUACCAUUAAAGCAUUAAAAAUUUACACUUUGCCCAUCUGUUGUUUAUUAAUGUUUCUAUUGUUUGACUUUAUUAUGCAUUCCCACUGUGAAGACUUAAUGCACUUAAUGUUUUAUAGCAAAUGGAAAUGUAUAUAAAUGUUACUUGAGUCUUCCAAUUCAUAUGCAUCUUUUCCCAAUAAUGUUCCUAUAUUUCUGCUUUUGGGUAAAUGUCUCUGUUUCUGAAAGUCCUUUUAAUCAAUGGGAGAUGGGAUUCAUUUAUGUUUUAUGUCUUUAUCUUGAGAUCGUGGGAAAUUUUUAUUACAUGCUCUGGUAAAUCAAAGUGAAAUUCUAGAAUUAUGAAUAUAAGUUAAGAAAAAAUGGCUGAAUAAAAUUUGUUUGCAGUGUUAAAAUGCCUCCUAAUUGAGCAGAUGACUUCUUGUGUUAAUGACUGCUCUCUCUUUUUGUAGUACAAUCUUUUGUAGUGCAAAUUGCAUUGUAUUGUACUCCUUUAAAGGGACACUCCAGGCACCUAGACCAUUUCAGCCUAUUAAAGUGGUCUGGAUGCCAACUUCUAUCACCCUUAACCCUGCAAGUGUAAUUAUUGCGCUUUUUAUAAACUGCAAUAAUUACCUUGCAGGGUUAGGUCCUCCUCUGGCUACCAGACAGCUACUAGAGGGACUACUGGGUUCUUAGACCACUUUCUAAACAACGCUGGACGUCCUCGCGCUGUGCUGAUAGGGUUGCCACCUGGCCGGUAUUUUACCGGCACAGCUGGUAUUUGAAGCUGUGUGGGCGGUGCUGGUAUUUUUCUUUGAAGAGAAUGUUCUGCAAUAUCAGCAUCGGCCACCAGGGUGUGCAAUGCUCUAAGGCCGUGCUAGGAAAAAUCGUUGGUGCUUGGCUGUGUGGAGAGGGCUGAGAUGGGGAUGUCACAAGCCUCUCCACUCGCUACAGAACAAGGAGAUGGAAGCAUAGCAGCAAGAGCGGAAUCUUGAGAGCAGGUACUUGUGUGCAGGCCCGGACUGGCCAUCGGGCACACCGGGCAAAUGCCCGGAGGGCCGCGGUGACCAUGGGGCUAUCCUAGCUCCGGCCUCGCUGUGUUGCAUGACGGGCCGGUGGGGAGAUCAAAUUUAGUAAAUUUUCUCCUUCCAAAUGUUCUCAUUCUUGUAUGUACGUUGUUCCUUGUGAUGUCACACAUAUAAUUAAUUAUGCAAAUUAGAAUGGCCAGUAUUUAUUUUUUAUUUUUUUCAAAAAAAAGGUGGCAACCCUAGCUGUGCAUGAGGACCUCCAGCGUUGCUGGAUACCCAGUAGGAAAGCAUUAAAUAAUGCUUUCCUGUCGGGAAAUCCUAAUCAGAGCGUGGCCAUUGCCAUGCAUAGACAUUAGGUCUCCAACGUUGGCUGGGGAGGUGUGUGGGUGGAGCCUUUUGAGGCACCCUUUUGAUUUUAAACACUUUAUCAUCAUCCUAAGCAGACUUUGGAUGUUCAUACCAGUGCAUGGUUUAUAAUGUUAACUGAAUACGUGAAUUAGAAAAACAUAAUAAUUGUAUCUGUGGUUUGUCUGUCUGUUGCUGACUGUCCUUAAUUUUUUUUUCAGCUGGUUACACCGGGACUUGAAAGUUCGGUUCAUUGACAAGCAUUAUAAAGGAGGAAAAUACUACAACUCUAAGGUGAUUAGAUGUGUGUUCAGCCUUGGCUUUCCAGUAGUUAUUGGAAUAUGUUUCUAUUUGCAUAAUACUCUGCUAGUGUCUGUAAUAAAACCGCCAUUUUUGGUAACAUGUAAUGGUGUCUUCAGUGCUCGUUAUACCAAAAUUCCAGUGUAGAAGCUGCAUACAAAUAUUAAUAUUGCUUAUUUAAUAUUUGCUAUCAAGUUUAAACUAGCUUUGAAUUGGUAAGUAAUAUCUAGACUGUGCUAAGUUCAGCAGACUUCUGUCUAUCACUACAAGAAGUUACACUUUGAGCAAAUAUUACUACUGUGCUCGGCUGCCUUAGGUGCUGUCUGUAACUUAUGGAACUUUCAAUCACUAUUCCAAACCAAUGCAACACCUACCCAGUAUGCACUAUCCCACAUUUAAAGUGACACUGUAGUCACCAGAACAACUACAGCUUAUUGUAUUUGUUGUGGUGUCUAGUCAGUCCAUGCAGUAAACACUGUCUUUUCAGAGAAAGGCAGUGUUACAUUAAAGCCUAGGGACAUCACCAGUGGCCACUCCGAUGGUUACUAGAGGUGCUUCUUGGGGCAGUGGGCAGCACUGACAUUCAGCGUUUCCACACUCUGCAUGGGGACACUGAACUUUCCUCAUAGAGAUGCAUUGAUUCACCUGUAUGAGGAGAUGCUGAUCAGCCAUCGCAGCGUUUGGCCCUGCCUUCUUGACAACCAUCAAUUUUGAUGUCAGCCAAAGAGGCGGAUCAGGUGGGGAGUUGAAAAUAUGGUAAUAGUAUUUAAGAAGAACAUUGGAAGCAAAUUAUGUCCAAAGAGAAUUGUAGGGCAGUGAAGGGGUUAACCCUGAUUUAGAAUUGUAAACAGAAACGAAAGUACACUGUCCUAUGCUUAAGAUAGAUCAUAAAACAUAACUUUUAUUAGUAAUAAAAAUUAAUAAGUACACACAUAAACUAAAACAUGUGAACAAAAAAUGUGAGGGUGCAUGGAAAAGAUACUAGAGAUCCCAGGUCAAGUUGUCUCUAAAAAGAGGAUACUGUUGCGCUUUAGAUGUCUAAAUAGUUAUUGCACAUAAAGAGCAAAAUAGUCAGUGUACAAAGUGGAGACAAAUGUAGCAACAACCAGAGAGUUAUAUCAAUCUGAGGGGAAAAAAAGGAGAUAUCGCUCGCGCUCUCUCCUAAAUCCCUAUGUAUAUUUAAACAAAUGGAGGUCAUUUAGUCGCUCCAAUGGCCAUUUGAGGGAAUGCCUGUCUGCCAACGUCAAGGCAGACCCCCUUAGGUGGGUCCUACAUUGACAUUUCACCCUGCUUCCUUGAGCCUCUGGCAAAGAUAUCUCUAAUGAGACAGAGAGUGGUAUUUUUUAUAUACACCCCUAUAUACUUAUUAACCCUUAAUAGGGAACACAUGGGAUGGGCGGCAGCAUUGUAACAUAGCUGUGUGAUUCAAAAAGUGAAUACAAAUACAAAAAGAUAAGUCCUGCGCUCACUCCCAUCACUACUGGGCCGGCAGCAAUGAAUACAGUACACAUCAGCCCCAAGUCUUAUUUAUUAUUUACAUGUAAAGUGUACCUGUCAUGCUACACACAACAUCUCCAUAUUGUGAUAGCAGAAAUUAAGUUUUUACUUUAUUGCUCUUCAAAAAUGUGGCCCCCAUCAGUAUUUUAAGUUGACUUGUCUAUGCUGACAGCCUAGAAGAAGUUUAGGUAGAAGAUUGACAGGGGAGAGUGGCUGUCCUGUUCUCCGUCCAUAGUGCUACUCUUCUAAAUGCUUGUCACACUUGCAAGGGGAGUACAGGACACUGUGAUGACAAAGUGUUGGCAGAAAAGUCAGCAUGCUGGUGUCAUCCGGGAGUAUUGACCUCCUUGGGGAUGGCAGCAAAGCAGAUCUGGUUUAAUUUUAAAGUACUGACCCCAAUUUGAUUGUGAUUUAAUUGGAGUCCAAAAAACGAGGCCUGCACAGUCCAAGUUUAGACCACCAAAUCUCCUGAGCGUUCCUUUUCCAUUAAGGAUAACAAAGGAUUGAAGGUUUCUGGAGCCUGUUAUGUAAUGGGGAAGGCUGCUUGAACUACCCAAACCAGAGUCUCUCCUUUCUCUUAUUUGUAUGGAUAAAUACUUGGUCCAGUGCAAUGUUGGUGUUUUGUAUUUUGUUGUGUUUUUACAUACAUUCAUACUACAGAUCGUCAAACACGAACAGGUAAUAAAAACAUGUUAAUGGGUUAAUAGCAUUUUUAAAACUGCACUGUUCUGAUUUUUAUUUCCACACAGAUUUUGGUAGAAGAUGUUUUGAGUCCUACAAGAUGUGUGUGUCGGACAGACAACGGGAGGAUUCUAGAUGGUAAGUUAAAACGUGGGGUGGGGAGAAUGAUUGGAAAACUAGGCAUGGAUGCUUAAUUCAAUGGGAAAGAUGGGCGAAUACUGAAAAUAUCCACACUUUCAACUUUACCACUUUGACAUGAAGGGAGCUGAUGGUGAGCUGGCUGUAACAGGUUUAGGGUUUAGAAUUAAAGAAGUGACAUUUUUACAUCCUGACUGCUGACUGUAGUAGCUGGAGCCAGAGGUACUGUUCAAGUCCACCAUAAAGGGCCAUUAGUCUCUAGGAAACCGUGUGGCCUCCAGAUGCCUCCACAAGCAAUGGCUAUUUGGUUGAUCUUACUAGGGACUGCAUUUCCAGGGGUGCCCAUGCAAAGGUUGGGGAAACUUCAGUUGCAUACUCAAGGGUUGUUGUGGGAAAUAUGAAAAGGUAAAUGAGGGGUGCGAGCUUGAGUACAUGUGGUCUACAUAGCGAGAGGGUGUCUCUUCACGGUAGAGGGAAAAUAAUGCACACAUGGAGAGUAGGGAAGAAAGAGAGCUGAAAGUGAAGAAACUGUGUACUAACAUAUAGUACAUGGCUCAAAAUAUCCACUAGCCACAACUGAUACUACAACAAAGGUUUUUCAAUAGAGUUAAAUGUAUUCUAAAAUUAUCAAGACUGCAAAAAGCCACGAUUGUUUCAAAUGUUUAUUAUGUCUGUGAACAAUAGCUGUUGUGGCUACGUUUGCAACAAUGUUAUUAUGCACACAAAAAUAAUUAAAAAAAACAUUUAAAACAAAUAUCCACUAGCCAUUGCGGUUGGAAAUGUAGCUCUGGUGAAUAGAAAUUCACCCCUGGUGAGUGUGCCAUGUACCUUUUAAUCUUUAUGUACCUGCAAUGUUUACGGCAUGACUAGUAAAGUAGGCCUUGUAAUUGUAAACUCUGCAUAAUACAUGGGUUAUAUAAACCAUGAGGCUGGUUAAUGGCUCAUCCCUUCUAGUCCUAACCUGCAACCUAGGACUAAAUAUUACUCACCCCUAAAUAUUACUUCUUGUGCGAUGAGUGCUGGCAAUAGAGCAGAAACACGCUCAGCCACCUUUUUCCUAAUUGACAGGAGUAUAUGUGAAUUCUUUCCAUGUGAGUGCAUGUUAGGAGUUGCAGGAUAUCCACAGCACUGAGUGUAUUGGGUAGCCCGUGGAACACUCCUUAGUGCAGUGUCUAGUAGGCAAGUGGUAAUGUUGAGUUGUUAAUAGUGUCUCUGUUGUAAUGCUUGUAGCUGGUAUCUAUACAUUGAUGUUAUAUGUGCUCUACUUAGAGGCUGCUUACAUAUUUAAUCAUGGUAAGUACACAAGCUCAGGCUAUUUCCCUCAGUUAGGCAUAAUAAAAGAAACUAAUUGCCUUUUUGUCAGCAAAUUGCAAAAGGAUACUGUUUAUUAUUGUAACAUUCGUACUCGAGACCACACACAAACCCAGAAACCAGUAUUAGAAUGUCUUCAUUUAAUCAGUCUCAUGGUGCAGUGAUGCCAUGAUGUAGAAGAAAGACACUUUACACGUGUGGUGUAUUUUACAUUAAGUGAAAUUUGUACUUAAUUAUACAUAUGGGACAUAUUUUCUAGACAUUAAACAAGACAUGCUGGAAACCUUAAUUCCAAAGGAGGAAGGAGAUCACGUGAUGGUGGUAUUAGGACAAUAUCGGGGCCAGGUGAGCAGACAUAAAUAUCAUCUAUUGGUUUUUUUUUUUGGUUUUUUUUUAUGAUGACUAGUGUCCCUUUAAGAGAAAUAUGGUGGUUAUUGUUUGUCAGAUUAAAUCAUUUCUGCUAGUACGCCUUUUAUAAUGAAUCUGAAGGUAUUGGUGCUUCUUGCCCUUUCCACAUGAAAGAAGCUGGAGUCUACAACAUAUUGAGGAGAUUGAAGGUGAAAAAUUUUGCCAUUCUGGGGCAAAGAGCUAAAUAGGGCGCAGUCACCGUGGAAACCAAUAGAAUAUCUCAACAUUUGGCAACUGGUUCUUAAAAUAUCACCUAUUUGGCUUUGAUAAAUCUCAGCCAUGGCAUCUUAUUUUAAUAUUUCAUGCCCAUAUAGAAACCUAGAAUGUGACGGCAGAUAAGAACCAUUUGGCCCAUCUAGUCUGCCCAAUUUUCUAAAUACUUUCAUUAGUCCCUAGACUUAUCUUAUAGUUAGGGUAGCCUUAUGCCUAUCCCACGCAUGCUUAAACUCCUUUACUGUGUUAACCUCUACCACUUCAGCUGGAAGGCUAUUCCAUGCAUCCACUACCCUCUCAGUAAAGUAAUACUUCCUGAUAUUAUUUUUAAACCUUUGUCCCUCUAAUUUAAGACUAUGUCCUCUUGUGGUAGUUUUUUCUUAUUUUGUAGUUUUCCUUCACAUUGUAGGCUUGCGGCACCCUUCUGACUGGCACUUCUUCCUUAGCCAGUUCACUUUUGAAAUGAACAGAUCAGGCCAAAAUGGGGAGUAUACACAUCAAACUUGUUUCCGGCUAGUCUGAUUCCUACUGUCAAGUGAUAUAAGUAGAAUCUGCAGUCUUCUGCCCAGUGUUUCUGCCCUCCGUGCUUCUCAUGUGAAACAGAAAUUUGGCCUUGCAGGGCAAGAGCAUGCAUCCUUCACACACUGAACAUAUCACAAUCUGAAAUUCUAAUUAUUUGAUUCAUUGUUUACAUAUUUGACCUUCUCUCAGUGAACUAUCUCCUACAAAGAAAUAUUAGUAUAGGUAAAUUCAGCUACCUAAAUAGAUUGAAAGAGGCAGGAAGUGAAGCCCAAGGAAUGUUGUGCACAGCAUUUUGUUUCAACCCAUACUGGUCAAGACAAUGUUAAUAUGUUUGUUCAGUACAAAUGUCCAAUAACACCUGUGGUGAGCUGUGAGGUAUUAAAGUAGUCUAUAACCUCUAGGUAACCUCUUUUAUUACAAUAUGUUGACGGCAUCCUGCAACAUAGCCACUGCAAUGAGCUGUAGUGGUUAUGAAGAUUAAAGGACCACUAUAGGCACCCAGACCACUUCCACCUUAAUGAAGUGGUCUUGUGCCAGGUCCAGAUAGGUUUAACCCUUUUUUCUGUAAACAUAGCAGUUUCAGAGAAACUGCUAUGUUUACCUAUGGGUUAAUCCAACCUCUAGUGGCUGUCUCGUUGACAGCCGCUAGAGGGCUUCCGUGCUUCUCACUGUGAUUUUCACAGUGAGAAGACGCUUGCGUCCAUAGGAAAGCAUUGUGAAUGCUUUCCUAUGGACUGGCUGAAUACGCGCGCGCAGCUCCUGCUGCGCAUGCGCAUUCAGCCGAGGAGGAGGAGGACAGCUCCCCGCCCGGCGCUGGAGAAAGAGGUAAGUUUAACCCCUUCCUCCACCUAGAGCCCGGCGGGUGGGGAGCCCUGAGGGUAGGGGCACCCUUAGGGCACUAUAGUGCCAGGAAAACAAGUGUUUUCCUGGCACUAUAGUGGUCCUUUAACGAGAUUGUGGGCACUGUCCCCACAUUUGUGUUGAGCUGUAUUUUAGAGGCUUGACAUAACCGAGGGAGCCUAUGGACCAGACCUCUCCCAAAGACUCAAUAACCAUUAUAAUGAGCUGCGGUGCUUAUUAAUUUAGUUUUUUUUAAACCUGUGUAUUAUAUACUAACUGAACACUUGGCAAUGUCUGUGUUUAUCAAAGGUAUGUAAAUAUUGUAUUUUGUAUCCAGUUUAUUUUGUAUUGAUUAUUUUUUAAAAUUUAUUUUAGGUGGGGAAGAUCCUGCAUAGAGACAAGCAUAAAAGUCGUGCUUUGGUGCAGUUGCAAGGGGAGCUUGAUGAAGCAGUCACUUUAAGCUAUGAUGUAAUCUGCCACUAUACUGGAGAACAGGAUGAAUGAUGCGUGUGAAAUAAGCUUGAUAUUGUACAGUGUCAGAACAUGAAUUCUGAUCACCUUUUUUUAUUUAACUGUAAAUAAACAUGACACUUUGUAUAGAA